CACUUUAUGAGCCCCUCAGCACAUUCCAGACUUUUGUGUCCCUUCUUACCACUGUUCUUGUUGCAAAUAAUCUGCAAACAGAGUUGGGAAGCAAUCCUUAACGACCGUGUUGGUUCAUCUAGUCUGGUCCCUGGUUUUCCCCUCCAUGCUAUUGCUGAAGGUAAGCAACCUGAUGUAAUACACCUGUCCUCUCUUGGGUCUUAACCAGGUUGUGAAUUUGUGAACUAAAUCUUACAAGGGCGACAUUGAUAUACAUCUAAAUUAAAUCAUGUUGUCUAUUAGCCAUAUCAAAAAAGGAGAAAUGCAAAUGUAUUGUUGUAUAAACGUUAUCUAGUUCUUGUUCAAAUAUAUUUUUAUUGAGCUAUGUUUUUCUAUAUACCCGAUUUCGAUAAUUAGGUACACAAAGGCUACAAAGCAUUCUUUAAAAAAAAAUAUAUUUAUUCAAAUUACAGGGGCCUGUGAACAGUGUUUAUAGUUUAUUCACCUAGCGUGGUUUAACUGAGUGGAACUUAUGUAUUGAAAUAGGCAGAUAUUGCAUAAUUGUGUUUAUUCUGCAUGUUUUUAACACAGUCUAAAUUCCAGAAGAGCAGUACACACUUCUUAGAUGGAAUACAGAAAGUUAAGUUGUAGAAUCGCCCUCCUCUGUGUUCUGACCUUGGGGUUUAUAUCUUCUAAUUCAACUUUAUUUUUUUCCCCUUUGCUGAUUUCUAUUGUCCAACCUUCAUCAUACGCAACAUUUUUACUGCCUGUUAGUCAGGUGUAUCAUUGCUCUGUGCUUUGUUUCCUCUGGGUCUUGGCGUGCGAGUGUCUUUAAUUAGUUCCCUGCUGGACUUUAUUAUCAUCGAAUUUUGCCCCCCUCUCGUUCUUUGUUUUGGUAUAUCUCCGUUUCUGUGUUCUGGUCUCCAUCCCGUAGAGACUUUAGAUAAGCUGUGUGUUUAGAAUUCCUAUGGGAGGGGACAAAUCUGUUUGGAGCUGUUUCUAUGCAAUCCAUUGCGUUCUGACCUCUUGCCUUUUUUAUAAUUGCUGGCUCUCUGUUAAUUCUUUUUUGAAACAUCACUGUUGUAUGUACCUGCAGGGUAUCUCAUUUUGUAAAAGCAGAGAAAAACCCUGCUUAUACCUUACUUAAACUGUUUAGCCUCCACGGUACCCUGAAACAUGUUGCUUUGGAUGUAAACAAUUAAAAAAAAAUUUUUUUCAUCGCUUACAUGUUCCCUGGCAUCUUACGGAUGUUAGAAAAUGUUGGGGUUUUUUGGGGUUUUUUUCUCAUGUGAUACUGGGUAUCACAAAUAUUGUCUCUGCUGGUUGCUACGCCCUCUGUCCAGUUAUUUACCAUUCUUGGGCACCCCGCUGAGACACAGAAAAGAUUGCAGCUUCCAGCACAAACUGCACUCUUGUCAGUGAAAGGGGCAAAGGCUAGGGAGGUUCGUACUGCCUCUGCCCUUGGUACAUCUAUAUUAUGGAUGAAGCAACCGCAUGUAAAUCCGAUGCGCGCAGUAGGGAGUGCAGAUGAAGUGGGGGGAGGUUUUGCGCUGCCAGCUAUGUACCUGCUCUGUGUGUAAAUGCAGUAGUUGACAGAGGAAUGGAUUUAGAAGACAAAGAACUGAGGGCACUUCAAGGUCACGAGAACAUGUAAAGUGCAGAAUAUGUAAUGAGCCCUUAUUUACGUAUAGCAUGGGCAUAGAAAAUUAAGAACAGUUUUGGCAAUUUUGAUUUAUAAUUGAUUUUAAUGUAUUUUCAUACAGUCAAAGACCGUAAAAGCAGUUUAAGUGUGCAUUGGUGUGUUGCCUUAAAAAAAUUGGAAACUUUUCUGUUUGGCAUAUGUCUGUAAAUAUUUUCGAAGAAGAUGAUGGUCUUUCAUUAAUGUGAGUGGUUUUAUUUUUUGGGGGUUUUUUUUUUGUGUCCCUCUAUCUUGGAACACUAACUUUCUGGUGCACUCAUAAGAGCAGCAGUUCUAUUAUUCUGUGUAGGAUGUGGCUAAAUCCCUUUGUGCCAUGCCUGUGUGGGUGUUGGCGGGUCAAAGGUUAAUCACACUCUAAUGCCAAGCCAUAAAGCCUGUGUCUUGGCACAGCUGUGAGAAAUGACAGAUUCUCCCUCUAUAUCCAGCUCUGCCCUUUUUCCUUCCCAGGUGCUACUCCCUCCUCCCUUUACCCUUUUUUUCCCCCCUCUCCUCCUUUACACCGCACCCCUCGUUCCCUCCCUAACUCUUACCAAAUCUUUAUUUUGGUCUGAUGCUCCCAUUCAGGUGCUUUGGAAUAUUUCCUUUGGUUUGUUGUUUUUUACCUAAUGUUUACCAAGUAUUCCCUGCUUCUUCACUGUGAUUCCUCUGUUAACAAUCAGGUAUUUUCAGCAAUGUCCUUCUUUUAAAUUUCUCCUCCCUCAUACCUCUGGCUGUAUUGACCCUCCCUCUAUCCUUAUUCUUAUUUGCCAUUAGUAGCCCUCCCUCUGAUUCCCUCUCUUCUCUCCCCCCUCUCUCCUUCUCCCUCCUCCCAUCUCAGUCUCUUUCUCUCUUGGUUUUAAUUCUCACUCCAACAGAAUGGAAAGUAUAUCUGUCAGCUUCUGCCACUCUGGGAGUCAACCAUAUACAGACUCACAAUUGCACGUUUGCCAUGCAAACAUAGCUACAUAAACAGACACACAGUGCCACUGACACAAACUGUGUUGAUUGUUUCCCUUGCCACCCUCUGAUGUCCGUUCCGGUACAAGGCUGCUUCUCCAAGAACUGCACAGAAGAUCAGAGACAUGUCUGGAAAGUUGGGUCCUUAACCAUCGUUAGGCUCUCUUCGCUGAUUGGAGGUACUGACCCCCACCUUCUUCUGCUUAUCGUUUUCUCUUGCACGCUUACCUACACAACUUGUCUGAUAACUAGAUAUACUGACCUCUAAAUGAUCCCCAUUGGUGUUUGAGUGACAGUUCCCCACCAUGUCCAGGAAGUUGAACGGACACCUUCCUUAUGAUCUGGUAUCUAAUAUAUUUAUUACAAGUUUAUAAAAUUGUAUCAGCUGUUUGGGGAGCUGUACUUUAUUUUUUUUAUUUAUUUUUUUUUGCUUUUGCAUAUCCUACUUUGCUUGUGCAGGUAUAGCGUUUGUAUCCGUUUAAUUCCAUAUAAACAAAAACUAUCCAACUCUCCACAUCCGACAAAUGUAUUCUUCUUAGUCUGCAUAAUAUGUAUUUUUCAAAUCCAUUUUUAUAUGCCCCCCUUUUUCUUUGGUCCCCCCCCAAUCAUUUUAAUUCACUUAUCUGUUUAAAUAGCCUUGCUGGUCUGAAAAUGAACCUAAAAUGUUGUGGCUGGAUGUAUGUGCUGAAAAUGAAAUGUUCUGUGUACUUUUAUUAGUGUGUAAGAUGUUACUUUGUUAUAAUAACUGCAUUUGCAGUUCAUUUUUUUUUUCACUCCCCCCGCCCCCAUCCCCACACAUACAGCUAUCACAUUACUAGAACAUUAUUGGAUCCUAUAAGUUUGUUUCUAUCACACCCCACCACUUACCCAGAAUUUGGGUUAUAUAUAGCCUUGCCAGGCAGGUUUGUUUUGUGUUGACCAGGUACUUUUUUUAGAAUUCUUGUUUGGGACGUUGUGGUUUUUAUUUUUUUGUCUACCACACACACACAAACACACACACCCUAUUGAACGUAUAAUUCAUCCUCUUGUCCUCCUUUCACCUUUCUGUACGUCUAAGUACAUUACUACAGUCUUUCCUGCUUUUUCUUAUUUUUGAUCUUUUCUGUUUUUAUUUUUUUUCUGGUCUUUCUUUGUUCCUUUUUCUUAAACAUUUGAGUCAUUGGUUUCCCCUCUGGCAGCCACUAACACACCUUUCUUUUCUCUUUGUUUCAUCCUUCCAUUGAUAUGCAAUUCCUCCGCAUCUCUCACUUUUUGCCCCAUCCCCCUUUUAUACAUUCUUUUCUUUUCACUUUUUCCUCCAUUCUAUCCAGCACGCACUCCCUUGCAUCCCUCCCUCCUCUCCUCUAGUUUAAGUUUGGAUGACACAAGGAGGUGAAGCACAAAACUGAACCCUAUCUCGUGCUUGGUACUGGGUGCCCCGGGUCUGAGAGGUGUUGGUUUGUGUGUCAUUACAUGGAAAACACAAAGCAAGUAGUUUAAAAUGCUGAUUAUCUGGCUAGAAACUCUGUUUUCCAACAUAGGUGACUGGGGAUGCUUAACCAUUGCAUCACCAGGGCACGAGCAUUUCCCCAUCAGGUUGUUUUGAAGAAUUAAUAAUCAUAAUUAAUAAUGUUUGAGUUACAUUGCAGUGAAAGGCAGUAAUUAUUGGGAUAGAUAUUUUCUGCUUGAUGUUGAUUUUCCUUUUAUGGAGAGAGAACAUUUGUGUUUUGCUGUAUAAACAAAGCAAUCAUAGAUUUUUCAAAAAAAGGAAAAACUGUAUAAGGCAGUCUUUUGUUUUUUUUGUUUUUUUUAAAGUUCGCCUAUGGCCAACAUAUUUCUUUAUUCAUUCUUCUCAGUUUUAUUUUUCUAAGUCUAGCUUCCGAGUCAAGAAAAGUUUUGACAUACUUCAAUAGCUAAUCUCAGUUGAAAUGUAACACGUUCAUUACCUUUGUGCACCAUUUGCAGUGUUGCCAUGACAACUGCAGCAUCUUUGAAAUGUGCAGGUAUAGAUGCAAUCAUUUUUACUGCAAAAAUUACUUUAUAGAAAAUAAACACUAAAAAAAGGUCAUAGAAUGUUUUAUAAUGGUAAGUCUACUUAAUUCUAUCGGAGACAUGAUCUCUACUGCUUAUAAGUCAUGCCAGUCAAGCCAGAGUUAUUCACUAAACGAUGAAGUGACCUGAAAUUUGAAUAGAAAAAUGUAGACCUUAAUAGCUGAUCUAGAUAAUUUAUCCAACUUGGCUAUAGUCAUAGCUUGCCGGUUUUAGCCCUGAUUUUACCAUUUGAUUUUUAACUUGCUAUAAUUUGCAGUUUAGUUAAUAAAACCCAUAGUAUAAAAAUAAAGAGCAAUUUUCUUUUUUUUUUUUUUUUUUUUUAACAUAAAAAAAUUUUUUAAGAAAAUAAAUAAAUUUUACUAUAUAAAUGAUUGCCUCCAUUUAAAUUGCUCUCGUUGUUUUUUUUCCAAUGUCUAAUUUUAUAAUUCUGAGAUUUCAUGACCUUUACAACUUAAUCCUCCUCUUUAGGAAAGGAAAUCAUUUUUUUUUUUUUUUUUUAAAGAAUUUUCAUAUCCCAAUUUACAAAAAAGCACAUUUCCUAUAAGAGAAAUGACUACUGUUAAAACUAAAAAUAUAUUGUCACUCCCUCACAUUUCCUUUUGGAGGACACUCUGUUAUAGAAACUUCCUUUUUACCGCAGUAUUCUCUCACGCUCCUUUUCCUUGCUCAGUAAUCCCUUGAAAGCUGGAGCUUGUAAGGUACAAUUGUUCCUGCACAAAGUGCAUUUGCAUCCUAAUUUCACUCUGAUCCUAAAUGCCUACGCCGCUUCCUGGUCAUUUAUGCUAUGUAGCUUUGUGCAUCUUGCAGUCAUUUCAAGCUUACAUUUUCAAACCAAUUACUCUCAGCUCGUCCAUUCUCCGAUGGAAAAUGGCUUAUUUAUUGAUAAAAUGCCUAAACCAUAUAUAAGAAUGCUGAAGAAAGUAGAUGUGUGGGUAAUUCUAUAAAGUCAACCAUGGUUUUAUGGGCAUGAAUCUAAUCCUCUAUAUUCCUGAGAUGUGCGAUUAAAAUGAACCACAGUGGCUGAGACGCAGUACUUCUAAAUGUAACUCACUUGAAUACUGUAAAAUAAGCCAAUUAAAGAAACAAAUUAUUUCCUCUUCUCAGUGUCUGGGGGAUAGAAGUGGCGUUGUUUUCCUGACGAUUUGACUAAUAUCUGCAUCAUCUUCCUUUUUUAAUAAAAGAGAGACAAAAAAAGAGAUUUCCUGUGAGGUUACAACACCGGAGUGACAGUUUAGAGAAACGCAGUAUAAAAUCAGUGCUUUUGUUUAGUGGGUGGCACGGUUAAUGUUUUAAAACAAAUUAACCAAACUCAUUUUAUUUUCUCCUGUUAGACAUUUCGUUUGUUUUUGUUGUGGUUUGGGAUUUCAGAGCCUCAAAGAAACUCACAGGUUAUUAAUGCUGCUGUCAUACAAUUGGAAGAAAAGUUUAAUCUUGAUUUUCUGCUGAAAAGAGUGAUUUGGUCGGAUUGCUACAUUAUGUUCUCCCCCCUUAUUGUGUGUGUUCUGAUUGAGCGAUGGUGCAGUUACCGUGGGAAUCACCGUGUUUGAAUCUUCUCUUGUCCCUUUUCCCUAUGUUACAGGGUGGUUUCACUAUGCUGAUAUCAGUGCUGCCUUUACUUCUCCUGCUUCUGCUCACCCUUCCCCUGAAUGGAUGGACUUCCAGACCCCCCCGGGUUUACCUGUCCUACAGAGGUAAGUUCCUACUAAUCUCUUACCACAAAGCUUUAAUUACAAAUAAUAAUUGCCUGGCGGAUGUAUGCUUUAUAUAUUCGGAUGUAUGCUUUACAAUAGCAAUUUGUGAUGUUUCCAUUUUUUCCAAAAGCGUGUAACUAAUUGUGUUGUCAUGAGACCUUUGAACAUUAGCCUUCAGUAAAAGUCAUUCCUAAGAUGAUCACAUAUUAAGGUAAUAGUUUAGUUCCAAAUCUAAUCAUUAUGGAUAUUAAACAUUCAAAAUUUUUAAGAUAUACUCUGUUGAAUUCACCUGUAUUCAAGCAGUGAUUUCAACUACAAAAUAGAAGAAAAACAAAUAUAUGGAUGUUUGAGUACCAUGAAAUCUGUGAGCUUGUUGAGAAAUCAGUUUGGUGUUUUGUGGCCCUCAGACAAUGUCUUCAGAGUUUAAACUAAGAGUCUCUGAUAUGUGGGGUAUAUGUAAUGUUGUCUUUUCUCAGCAUAGCUCAGGAAUGCUUUGUUCCAGAAGCUCUGAGUUAGAUUCCACAAUGCUCAUUAUUGCAUGUUAUAAAAUAUGUCCCUGUGCUUGCUUGUGACCUGUUUUACUUAAGGGUCACUAAGGGGAAGAGAUUAGUUUGUGUUUUUUUUGUGUGUGUAUUUGACCUUUAACCCUAAAAGGUCGCAUAAGGGUGACAAUUGUCUUCUAAAGUUACAUCCUAAUGGAAUUUUUUUGGGAGAAUUAUUGGCAGAGGUGUGAUAUAUUUACAUUAUUAACGGCUGGUGAACAAAGGAGGCUGUUUAACACCUAUCCUUCCAUAAACAAGCGCAUGCACUAGGAAAACACACCUUCAUUGUUGCAGUUGUGUACAAUUUGUGGCUGCAUAGCAAGGUUAAUUAUGUAUCCCUAAAACCCUACUGGCAACAGAAUGUCUCAGCGAUCAUACUUACAGCAGACAAUAUACAGGAAUGUGAUAUAAGAAUGUAUGGAACUUUUCCUUUUUUAAAUUUCCUUUAGAUUGUAAGCUUGUUUGGGCAGCGCCCUCUCCACCUACUGUUAGAAUUGUUUUAUCUAUUGUACAACAUAUAAUGGUGUUAUAUAAAUAAUUGUAAUAGUUAUUCCUACGUUCUCAUAAAACAGUUGAUACAGGGAAUAGCUUCCCAGUAAAGUUGGGAGAGCUGGAAACAGAGAGAUAUAAUGUGAUUCAUAGUGAGUUGCCAAUAAUGUAAAACAAAGCAGAGGUUCAGUCAUGUUCUAAACCUUUAACACGGGUGCAUAUUUAAAGGGCAUCAAGUAGGUGACAGAGGAAUUUAGCUCUCUAUUGCUUCUGUGUAAUGAACGCAAAUUCCGCGAAGAACAAAGAUGGGUGGAGGGAAUGGGUUGUGCAAGAAGGGGGGAAUGAUGUCGGGUUUUUGAUGUACUUUGUUCCCGACAAGCACAUUACAAAAAUACCAUCUUACCUCACCACAGACGUGGGUACCUAUUAAUAGGGAGCACUGAGCCCCCUCUAUCUGUGUGUGACAGCUGGGCCUUUAUCCCUCGUGUCACUGGGUGUGUGAAACUGCACUCGUCUCUACAGCAGGCAGGGCUGGGGACACCCUAUGUGUCUGUCUAUAAAUCCCUAGACAUCCUGUGUGUCAGAACAUAUGUAUGCCUGAAUUGAAUGAGGUCACAGGCAAUGCAAUUCUGAUGCAGGAUAUCCUAUCGGCAUGCACACUGCUGGUAGGCAGCCAUGUACUUCAGCUGUUGUUAAACUCCCAUCACUUCGAGACAACCUUUUGGAUGGAUAGAUUUCAAGAUUUUCAAAAAUUCAAGCAGUCCUUUCAACACAGGACACAACCUAGUGUUUGCAGUCUUUCAUGCCUGCCAGAGUUCCUGUACUAAUUUGUUAUGCAAUUUAAUAAAAGUGUAGUGCAAAAAAGUUGUUUUUAUUAACUGAUAAGAAAUGCAAAAUUGCUCAGGGACAAGUAGAUGAUGCAGACUGGAUUGUGCAAUGCUUUUGCUAUUACACUUGUAAUAGCUAUAUCUGUGUUGAAUGUCUGAUAAAUAAUUAAAUAUAUUAUGUCAAUUAAUUGCCACCUUCAGUAUUGGAAUACAUAUGUGCAUAUGAUUGUUUCCACCGCCCUUUUCAAGCAACUUUAGCUUCCGCGUUUAUAUGCGCAAGAAGAUGGUAGAUUAGGCAGUGGACUGCAGGGUGCAGCUUCUUUCUUUUAUUGUAUAGCAAGCACGGUGAUCAGGAAAUGCGAGUAAGGGACUUAUUAAUGCGCAGACUGCAGCUUCCAUUUUUAUCACAUGACAAGCAAGGGUCGCAGGGAACUGAAGUAGGAGACUGUCAAAAUGGAAAUUACAGCUUCUGGCUUGAACCUGUGCGAACCAUGGAAGCAGACUGAGGAAGAGAGGUGUCAAAAAGGAUGUACACUAUAUAGCACAAUGUAUUCCAUACUGGCACCCAAAUUCUGAAUUAUCAGGAAAUGGAAUAACAAAGGAAUUUUACAUUUUUACCAAAACUGUUGGCUGUUUUUGCCUUAACUUUUUAAUUCAGACUAACCAUGUGAGAGUGUUUGAUUUUAAAAAGAAACACGUGCGAUGACAUUGCAGUAAACACAAGGAACCAUUGAUACAAUAAAAAGUAAUUAGCAAGCCAAUUUGAAAAAGCUAUUUUGCUGUGUAUUUUUAUAUUUUCGUGAUGUUUAUGGGAGUGCUGAAAUUAAGGAGGGCUUUAGAAACAAUGUCAUAAUUGUCUUUAUUAUUUUUUUAUAUUUAAUACAUAUAAGUUAAUAACUUUUCAGUGCAUCUCCUGGCUUACCCUCGCUCUAUGGUGGUGGCCAUAUUUAGUCAUGUGUUGAAAUCUUGAAAUAUCUUUGGAUGUUCGCAAUAUAAAAAGAUCAGAGUAGAGCUAGGGUAGGCAACUUUUUCGUAGUACUGUACCAAAGCAAGAUCUUGAAGUCCAUUGGCGUGCCGAUCCUUUUUUUUUUUCAAAAUGAGGUGUGCAUGUUACCGUAUAGCGCUUGUGUUUUUUAUUGGUGCCGCAGUUAUUCUGUAGCAUUGUAUUUAUGUGUUUGUGGGCUGUUAUAUUGUAUAUGUCAUUUAGUAGUUUGUGGUAUUGUGUAUGAUACUUGUUGAAUUGUGUGUUCAUGAUAUGUCACAUUGUAUUUUUGGUGGGGUGCAUAUCUGUGGAGCUGCUUGUGGUAGUGCAAGUGAGAGGCUGCUUGUGGGGUUGUGUAGGUGGAUUGUUAGUGGUAUUGUGUGGGUUGUUUGUAUUUGUUAGGGGGAGGCUUCUUCUGCAGCUUUGUGUAUAUCUAGCAGUGCGGGUGGCUUCCCUGGGCUCCUGUGAGGACCGAGUUGGGCAGAUACAGGUCAAGGGAAGGAGCUGUAAUAGGCUGCUCUACUCCAGUGCGGAUUCCCAUUCACAAGUACAGGGAGGAAGUAAUCUGAGAACACUAGAUUACUUCCUCUAAGUUCUGUAAUGGUUAAAUUCAGGAUUGUACCUCACCACUUUACAACAUUGCUUGAUUUGCACUAGCAGCUAUUCAGAGUCCCAUUGGGACUCCUGAUAAGACAGAGCCUGUUUUUUUGGCUCUGGCAGCCUUGAGUUCUGGAUUGCUGACCCUUGAUGUAGUAUGUCACAGUCAAAUAGAUAUAGGAUAAAGAAAUGCACUUACACUUUUAAGAAGCUACAAAGAAUCUCCACUUCAUGCGUCCAAGCGGAGUUUAUGGAUUAGAGGUGUAUUUUUGGUCCAAGCUUGAUAUCUCACUGAAUAUGUAAUGAGUCAAACAGAAAAUAGAAAAGCAUCCAUAACGUGUAGUAUAUUAAUUUGAUAGAUUAAUAGAAAUGCACUCACAUGAAAUAGAACCUCCAAUUAGAUCCUGUAAAUCAGCAAUAAUGUUACACAUAUAGUGUGUAUGGAGUAAGUGAAAAUUGAUGAUGUACAUGCAGAAUCCAGAGCAAAAUAAAUUGUAUUGCUCAAUCCAUACCAUUGGCUGGCAUAUUCCCCACCAAGGAAAUUGAGUCCAGAAGGUGGUAAUUAGCACAGUAAGUCCAGGAAAAUAAAAUCUAUACUAUCUUUAUUGGAAGCUAUUAAAACGAAACAGUAAAACAAUGCUAACCGUAACCACUAAUGCUUUUCAUCACUGAAUGACCUCUUCUAAUUCUUCUCUUACCCCCACUGACUGUCAAUCAGGCAACCAGUCCUUUUACUUCUUGGUUGUUUAGCUCAGUGGAGCAAAACUCAAGAGGCACCAAUUGUCCAGAGCACCUGCCUUGCACAGACUUCUCAUUAAAGGGUUACUCCAACUAUCAUGACCACUUAGUUUUUUUUUGUUUUUGUUUUUUAAUAAAACACUGCAGAUUCAAUGUUAUUUGCAAUUGUGUGCCAGGGACUAGUUACAACCAUGAAACAUUUUUAGGCAGCCUGGAACUCUGUUCUAGACUACCGAAUGUCUAUUAUGUGCAUAUUUUUGCCCAGCAGCGCCUGGAGCUUUGCUCAGCACUCGAUUAAGGUAAGUAAAAGUUUAUUUUAGAACUUUUUCUAAGCGUCUUUUGAAGGGGGACCUAAACAAUAAUGCCCAAUAGGGCAUUAAGCCAAGACAAAAAAAGGGAAAACCUUUAAAGGGACACUAUAGUCACCAGAACAACCACAGCUUAUUGAAUUUGUUCUGGUGAGUAGAAUUAUUACCUUCAGACUUUUUGCUUUAACCCCUUAAGGACCAAAUUUCUGGAAUAAAAGGGAAUCAUGACAUGUCACACGUCAUGUUUCCUUAAGGGGUUAAACACUGUCUUUUCAGAGAAAAUGCAGUGUUUACCGUAUAUACUCGAGUAUAAGCCGAGUUUUUCGGCACAUUUUUUGUGCUGAAAAACCCCAACUUGGCUUAUACGCGAGUCAGUCUGUAUUAUGGCAAUUUACAUUGCCAUAAUACAGACCAGGACCGCCGGGCUCAUUACAAGCCCGGCGGUCCUGUUGGGGGCUGAGAGCGAGCUCUUACUUACCUUCCUGCAGCUCCUGUCAGCUCCCUCCUCCUCCGUGCAGCUCCCCAGUCAGCUUCGUUCUGCUCACAGUGUAAGUCUCGCGAGACUUACACUGUAAACAGAACUGAGCUGACCGAGGAGCUGCACGGAGGAGGAGGGAGCUGACAGGAGCUGCAGGAAGUUAAGAGCUUGCUGUCAGCCCCCCACUGAACUGCCAAUGCCACUGGACCACCAGGGAUUUAAUAUUUUAUUUUAAUAAUAAUAAAAUAACAUUAUUAAAAUAAUAUUAUAUUAUUAUUAUUUUACUAUUUGCAUUAAUUUUAUUUUUUAUGUUUUUUUUUUGUUUUUUUUGUCCCCCCUCCCUGCUUGUUGCCUGGUCAGGGAGGGGGGACAAAAAACAUUUAAAAAAAAAUGCAAAAAUUAAAAUAAUAAUUAUAUUUUAUUAUUAUAUUAUUAUUUUAAUAUUUGAUUAUUUUUUGGUCCCCUCCCUGACCAGGCAACAAGCAGGAGGGGGACAAAAAAAAACAUAAAAAAUAAUGCAAAUAUUAAAAUAAUAAUAAUAUAAUAUUAUUUUAAUAAUGUUAUUUUAUUAUUAUUAAAAUAAAAUAUUAAAUCCCUGGUGGUCCAGUGGCAUUGGCAGUUCAGUGGGGGGGGGGCUGACAGCAAGCUCUUAACUUCCUGCAAAAAACCAUUUAAAAAAAAUUAUGCAAAUAUUAAAAUAAUAUAAUAUAAUGUUAAAAUAAUAUAAUAUAAUAUAAUAAAAUAAUAAUAUUAAAAUAAUAAAAUAAAAUUAAAAUAUGCCCUCCCCUCAUCCAGUUUACACACACUGCAUUAUAUACACACUGCAUUAUAUAAACACACACAAACACACACACUCUGCAUUCAUUCUAUACACACACUGUAAAUAAAUAUUCAAUUAAUGUAAUUUUAUUGGGAUCUAAUUUUAUUUAGAAAUUUACCAGUAGCUGCUGCAUUUCCCACCCUAGGCUUAUACUUGAGUCAAUAAGUUUUCCCAGUUUUUUUUGUGGUAAAAUUAGGGGCCUCGGCUUAUAUUCGGGUCGGUUUAUACUCUAGUAUAUACGGUACAUUACAGCCUAGUGAUAACUUCACUGGCCACUCCUCAGAUGACUGUUAGAGAUCCUUCCUGGGUCAUGGCUGCCUAAAAUGCAUCCAAACAUUCAGUGUCUCCUCCCUCUGCAUGCAGACACUUAAUUUUCCUCAGAGAUUCAUUAAUUCAAUUAAUUUCUAUGAGGAGAUGCUGAUUUUCCAGGUCUGUGUUUGAAUUGUGCCGGCUCUGCCCCUGAUCUGCCUCUUUGUCAGUCUCAGCCAAUCCUAUGGGGAAGCAUUGUGAUUGGAUCAGGCUACCACUUCUGCUGUCAUCAGGCAGUGGGCAGGUCUAAAGGAAACAGGGACUAAGUAAGCAACUGCAGACUUGACUACAAGUAAGAUUUUACUAUAUUUAGGGAGGCAUUAGGGGGACAGGGUGGCUAGAUGGUGGUUUUAACCCUAUAGGGUCAGGAAUACAUGUUUGUGUUCCUGACCCUAUAGUGCUCCUUUAAGCUGCAUUGGCAAGUCUGUGAUUAGACAGCCACAGAAAGUCUUAAAAGGGGAGGGCUAGCAAUGGAUGCAGACGAGAUCUGCAGCCUUUUCAAGCUCUCUUUUUAGAUAUAACCCCAAUGGGAAAGAUGCACAAUAAAUGCAUGCAAGGUUAUAAUUUGAGAUAUAUCUACUAAACAGUGCUUUUUAAUUCUUUUUUUGUUGUUGCUGUUUUGGACAGAGUUGCCCUUCUAACUGUAAUGUUUUGAGAUUAUGUCCAGUGCAAGCAUUCUGCAUAUUUAGGUUCUCAUUUGCAAUGUAUGCAUACUUUGUUCUUCUCUUCAGGCUUUUCUACAAAUAGUUUAAAUUAUUGUCUUACUCCGGGUUUUUUUCUGCUCUGCUUUUUUCCCGCAUAUUUUUCUUAUGUCACACUUAAAAUCAAACUGCUGUGAAAACUCAAAUAUAAAUUUGCAGAUGACAAAUUCCACCCUCUGUAAAAAGAGUGCUCAUGAGUGCAUGAAAUGUCUAAGGCAGGAUCGCUCAGUGUACCUUGCCAAAUAGUGAGGAGAAUUUGAAUGCAUAAGGGAAUUUGUGGUAGGCUAAAUGGAGGGGACAAGAUUGCGUGAGCCAACAGAACCGUUUGAAAGUACUUGGUUAAAAAAAAACAACAAAAAAACAGCAAUGAAGAGUCUUGUCUCCAGUAUCUGUUGUUAAGAAAGGCUAAAAUCAAGAGAGGGAUGAAAACUUAAAAACAAAAACCUAAAGAUGUGGAUGUGCAUUUAUUGCCAGAGGCUCUCUCGAAGACUGCAAAAGAAUUGUGUUAAAUGCAAAGAAUUUUUUUUUUUUCCCCCAAGAGCAACAUUCUAAUAUAAACACAGUAUUUUAUUCCAUUCUUGAGAUUUGCUCUGUUAGUCUUGCCUAUGUUUUUGCACUCUGUAUAGACUCCUUUUUUAAUUUAUUUUUUAAUAUAUUCUUUAUUUUUGCUGUGCAAGUUAUAACAAACUGACCCUUGGUGCCACAACAGCAGUCCAGGGCUAAUCAUUGAUAAAUAUUUUCAGUGUGGCUAACAAUAGUUCUGCACAUUUUUGUAUGUAUGAGUUAGAUAGCUAAUGUUGUGUACCUGUUAAGCCGGGCAUACCGAUAGAGUAUAAUUAUGAUAGUAGAGGAGUACAAUCUUAGUUGCAGGUAAAAAUAAGGCAAAGUAAAUCGAACUAGUGUGUCAUAUCUGCAGAUAUGGUUUCUCGCUAGUAUAUGUUGUCAGAGCCACCUUGCUAAUCUGCAAGGUCUGUAUUGCGGGUGUUUGUCAGUGUCGCAAGAUCUAUUGCUGGGUCUAGGGGUGCAGCGCCUGGCUAAGGGGCUGCUUGUGCUGUUCAGUAAGUGGCUCAAUCGCGAAUGUGCGGGGUAUUAGUAUGCGGUCAAGUGGCCGCUCUAUGAGAGUGUAGAUGAGUUGCUGAUGGUGAGUUAGGGUAACAGGUUCAGGUGGUCACUGCUGCGGUCGGUGCCGGAGGAGGUUUCCUUGGAACGAAUGCGGUCACUUUUGCCGGGUCCCAGCGUUGGUUUGUAGGGUCAAUCCUUUGAGGUCCUCCUGGAGGCAGUGAGUCCGUCGGGAGUCCCAGUGUGGGCAAUAGAGUUCUUGCUUCCAUGAUGUCGUGGACUGCGUACCGGGCCUGUCUGUGGAGGAUCAGUAGGGUACGUGACAGCCGCCAGCGGUAUUGAAUGCCUUUCAGUCGGAGGAGAGCGGUGAAUGGUUUGAAGGACCUCUGCCAUGCCGAGGUGCCUCCCGAGAGAUCUGGGUAAGUUGCAUACCCUCGAAGUUGUAGGGAUCCUGGUCCUUGAUAGCUGUGAAUAUUGCCGCUUUGUCCCUACUUUGCGGAAGUGGACCAUUAAGUCUCUCGGUGCUCCUACAUGGGCUUUUGGUGCUUUUGGGAUGCGAAAACAGUCCUCCAUAGAUAUAGAUCUGGCCUGUCGUGGGGAGAGUAAUGCCACCGUGAAACGCCUCAGCAUGUGUGGCAGUUCCUCUGUGGGUGUGGCCUCCAGGACGCCCCUGAUUUUUAAGUUAUUUUUGCAACGUAUGUCUUCCAUCAUCGCAAAUUUAUUGUCGUAAGUUUUGUUUUGUUUCUGGAGCCCCAGAAUUGUUUGCUGCAUAGUGGCAAGUUGUUGAGCGUGCUCCCCUGUGGCGGAUUCCACAGUUCCGAUCCGGCUCGUCAGCGCGCAGGUUCGCCACAUCUGCCAAGAUAUUGUUUUGUAAGUCUGCCAGCAGGCUUUUAAGCACCGCUGUUGUCACUGGGUCUUUCCCUGGGCUAUCCGUUUUUGCGGCUGAUGCUGGUCUAGCCGGUAUUUCGUCGUCAUCCAGAGACAGUUCGUCAGACAGGUCUGAAUAGGCCUCAGAGUAGUCGGCUAUUUUGGGCCCGCUGGCCUGUUACGCCUGUCUCAGGAGCACACCAAUGUUGUGGCUCAAUCGGGGUUUGUCGGGCUUUAUCUUUUUAUUUUUCCGACCCAUAUUGUGGUGUGGGUCUAUAUCCUGCUUCCACGGUUGUCUCGGUCGGGCGAUAUUGCGGGUAAAAGGAGAAAUCUCUUGUGGUAUCUCGGAGCUCUGAAACCGUGCGACCAUGCGGCUCAAUUGUUUGGCCACGCCCCUAGACUCCUUUUUUUUUUUUUUUUUUUUAAAUACUCAUCUGAACUUCUUAAAGGUUAACCAUUUAUCUUGUCAGGUGACUUUUUCUAUGUAUAUUAUGUAUAAGGUAUAAGUAGCUAGAAAUUAUUAUUUUUUUCAUUUGGCCAAUUAGCCACCUUGUAGGAGCUAUAAGAGCCGGUUCAAAAACAUUAUAUUGAGGUAUGUUUCUGAGCAGUGACAUCCUAUGAAUAUGUUUGCCAUAUCUGUUUUCAACACAUAUGACGCCACUCACUUAAAAAAACCCCAAAAACGAUUUUACUACCUGGAUGGGAGGAUUGCCGUUCAUAGAGAUGGCCUUCUGUAGUGGCAUCACUAGGGUUGGUGUAACACAGUUCGAUGACUCAUGGUAUCCCCUUUAUGUGUUAGACCAUAUGAGAUUCCUGGUGUUCCAUUGGUGAGCUCUUCAAUGGGUGCAAACCUUCUGUAUUUUUGUUUGGAGUUUUGAUUCUCUGGUAGUGUCAGAGAGUUGCUGCGAGUUACUCCAGCAGUGCUCUGAUAUCAUCAAUGAUGGUGCCAGAAUUUGUGUGAGAGAUAUGCAAGGUCUGGACUUGAUGAUAAUGUAGAUCAGAAGGUCUCUGGGCCUGUGCAGUGGGUGCAAAACCCUCUUUCAUCAAUCCUUCUGCAUGAGCCGGCCGCGGUGUCAGCCCUGUUUGUCACCAUGUCUGAUGGUGUUACCACAAGUGGUGCCAAUGUCUUUGCUUGCUUUCCUAGCAUUUCUCUCCCUCUAUAUUUCCCCUCCCCUCCAUAAAUUUUUUUACAUUUUAUUCCUGUUUAACUACUUUUUUAAAUUUAUUUUCGCUUUCCUUCUGAGUGGCGGCUCUCACAUUUCAUCUCUCCAAUACCAGUUGAUAUGCAUUAUGUUAUCUCUGUUUCUGCAACAUUUUAUGGUUUGAGGCUUCUUUGGUGUAUUUCACUAUAAUCCGCGUAUGCUGUUGUGACCUUACAUACAGUGAGUGUAUGUGCAUAUGUUUGCGUGUAUGUAUGCAUGGGUGUUUGCAUGUACCUUAAUAAGGUGUCAAUUUAAAUGUUCAUGGGUUUGCUAUAUGAUGUAGUCAGCCUGUCCCCAGUCCUGUCCCCAUUCUCCCUUCUUAUAUCCUGGCUGCCAUAGAUUGCCAUGUUAAGUCUGGGAGUGGUGGGGCCAAGCAGAGAUUACGGUUCUCACAUAACCCCGACUCCCUCACUUAAAAUAACAUUAAAAAAGCAAUCUCAGCAGCCAUGAUUCUUUUGCUGACCUAAGUGGACAGUUUUUAGGGGUAGAGUAGGCAACUGUGGUACCCCAUCUGGAAAUUUGGCAGUCAGUUGCCUACUUAGUCUAACUUAUAUUAUAUCUAGGCCUUACCAUCUGUAUUUUAUUGUAUAUAUUUUGCUAAGUUUGGAUUUCUUCUGGGGAUAUUAAUCAAGACUAGAAUAAGUGCCGUCAGAUCUUUGAUUGUUUUGUAUACUGAUACAUAUUCUAAUAUAUACAUUAGGGAUCGACCAUUAUUGAUUUUUUUUUUUUUUUGUUACCGAUAAUCUGUGAACUUUCAGGCCGAUAGCCGAUAAUUUACCGAUACCCCCAUAGGAAAGCAAUGAAUAAUGCGUUUCCUAUGGGGAAAUCCUAAUGCGAGUGCGACUAUUUCCACACACACACAUUAGGUCUCCCUGGCAGGGGAGGACCCAGAACAGGUAAGUGACAGAAGGGGUUAUUAAGGGCUAUAUUAUUUUUUUUAUAAUUUAGUGCCAAUAUAUUUCCAGAGCUUUAUUAUCAUAUAGUGCCAUAUCCACCACCCUUCACUGACUGAGUAAGUAACUAUGUUUAUUGGAGUAAAGAAAAUUACUUUUUACAAACCAAUUGGCACACAAGCGACAGAGCCGACUAGACAGCACUACUUCAGGCCUGGGUCUGCAGCUCCUCUCUAAAAGUCUCGCGAUCUGUGCGCCUGGUUUUGCCACGGGGAGCUUUGGUGCGGUAACUGACGGUAACGCUUUGACCAGGGCUCGUGAAUCGCGAGACGUGGAGAGGACGGAUUGGGCGCGCUGGACUCGUUAUCGGCAAGAUUAUAGGCCGAUACCGAUAAAUGAAAAACCCUGAAUAUCGGUAAAAUCGAUAAUCGGUAUAUCCCUAGUAGCCAUAGAUAUAAUAAAACAUAUAUGAUGUUUUCCUUGAAAAUAUCUCCUGGUUGAAGCCGUAUGAAUGAAUAUGUUCUGAUGUAAAGAGCUUUAGUAAAGAUUUUUUACGGGUCUAAUUCCUAGCUUGUUGGCAUCUUAGACAGGAGCAAGAUGUAUGGUAGGCAUUUCUUUUUAAUAUAAAUAACUAAGACUACACUAUAAACAAUCCCUUUAUGUAAUAUUUAAUAAGCUUGGCUGUGGUGUUAUUCAAAGCUAAAGGGGCUUACAACCAUAAUUUCAAACAAUAAAACAUAUCACAUAAAUCUUAACUUUUUUUUUUCUUUUAACUUUAGUAACCACAAAGUUGCCAGUCUUAGAUGACCUGACCAUCUUUUAUUUAAAAACCACCGACCGCCAUAUCCUUCCUUAGAACUUGACCCCGAGAAUAACCUUUGCCCCAAAGCUUUAUAACCCCAAACAAUAGAAAGAAAGAAAUUCGGGGAUCUGUCUGCUCUGCUCCUGACUCUGUAAUGGCUCACAGGCUUGCGCUGCUGCAAGCUCCUGCACUUCUCUCUCGCGCGCUUGCAUCCAAUCUCCAGCCAGCUCAUGUCACCGCUUUGGCUAUGAACGUUGUGAAUUUUGUUGGGCAGAGUUUAACUUUACAACAAGGGCAGAUUAACCCUUCUAUUGCCCCCAUACAUAUAUGCCACAGAGCUUCAUCCCUGUGGCAUUUAUUUAUUUAAAAAAAUAAAUAAAAAUUCUUUAUUUUGGUAGUGCAUUAUUCAGUACAUAGCUUGGCAUGAACAUGUUAUUAGAUUGCGUUACAGAGUAUCAUGAGUAAUUACGUUAUACAUGUUAAGAUUGCUGCACAUUUUUUUUUUUUUAUAAGACAAGAAGUGUUAAUGAAAUGGUUAUAUUCAUUGCUUAUGGAGGGAAACUAGUGUACUGCCAUAUGCUGCCUAUUGGAUAUGAUUACAGGUGUCGAGGAUUCAAGCUGGGUAAUGCAACAAGGAGCUCUGUACAACUUGCCAGCAGGUAGGUAGUCUAGGACAUGAAAUUAAACACGUAUUCAAGGUGAGGUCGCUCAUUAACGAAGCUCCUGGCACUAAUCAUCAGCUAAAGGUUAGCUUAAUUAACAUAACAAUCUAACGUGCAGUAGUAAGUAUGAAUAUUUAUACAUUUAAAAAGUAAAAAUUAAAACCACCGGUGAUAGACCUGUCCUUAUGCAUGUCACUGUCCCCAGAGUGCUGCUUGUUCCAUCUGUGUUAUGAUGUAACAUAGGGGGAACCGCGUGGUCGGCAAGUCCGAGGCUGGGGCCCACCAUCUUCAUUGGGUGAUGAGGUAUGGAGGACUGUGCAUGAGAGUCUCAUGGUGUGGGCGAGCCGCUCGUUGGUUAGUGGCGUCUAGUUAUAUGCGAGUGGUGAGGGUAGCCGAUGUUCUUUAUUGCUUUGACGUCGGCUUAAGUCAGUGGUUUGGUAGGUUUUCCGUAGGUGCCGCCAGUGGGUUGCUUCAGUCUGCCUUUUUCCAGGCCCAGCUUCAGGGAUAUCAGGUGAGUGGUGCUUCCAUGGGCUCCGUUCGCCAACGAUACCCUCCAUCUCCUGCCCCAACCCGUUCUCCAUGCAGUCAGAAGGCAUGAUCAUGUGCAGAUUUAUUUAGAAAGGAUGUGGCUCAGUGGUUUGUUUUCGUCUGCAGGCAUGCAAGGUUGUGUGGUGUAGUGCAGAUUGCAGUGCCGCCAUUUUAGAGGCCCAGCUCGUGGUGCGCGCCUCCAGGUAGGUCCGAUGCUGGGCUUUGUAGGGCGAUGAUUCCCUCCGGUGAGGACCGGGAUAACCCCCUCGGUCCAUGGGGAGGGAAGCGAGGCCUGUGAGGUGCAUCACAAGGCUGUUGCGGGGCUGCCAGGUUCGCAAACAGGACGGCGGCCGUCCGUCAUGCUCUCCACCCUCAUAGGCCGCAGACCCCGAAGUAUCAUAUUGCCCGCAGGGGGCUCUGGCACUCCUGAUCUCAGGGUCCGCGGUGGCUCCAGCUUCUGCCCGGAUGCUUGAUAUAGCUUCAGGUCACUCAGCUUGCUUUAUUGCUUAAGUUUUUAGCCAUAGUGGACCAGAUUUAUCAGGAGCCUCUCUGGCCUGCGACCGGUCAGCAUGGCGGUCAGGCCCCGCCCCCCCGGCAUUUAUUUUAAUCCUGUAUUUGUCUGUACCAGACUCUUUAGAAUUUAACUUGUCUUUUGUUCUAAUUGUUUAAAAUGUAGUAAUGGUGGUGCAUACAACCCUAAGUUCAUUGAUUCCAAGCAGUGUGUGUAAGAUCUGCUGAAUGUCAAUUGAGAUUUAAAGAGGUUUGUUUCAUAAGUGUCUUUUUUUUUAUUUUUAUUUUUUAAUUGAAUUUACUAUGUUUUUAAGCACUGACAAUAAAUUGUGUAACUCCUCGUUAGAUUAACAUGUAUUAUAAUGUGUAUUUAUUAUAGGGGGUUAUGGAAGAGGCUAACCUAGAUUGUAAUGUAUCUAAAUGCUAAUUUAUCUCUCACAUUGCUAGCUGUCAUUGUGUUGAGCAAUGCCCAUAAGAUAAAAGCAGCUUGCGCAUUCAUAUUCUCCUUUGAUACGCAGUUAGUCGCAGAUGGUGUUUGGGAGCGCUGCGUCUCCAACAGAAUAAUGUAAGAGUUAAUAUUCAGUCCUAUGAUGACUCGUGUGUGUGUGUGUGUGUGUGUGUGUAUAUGUAUGUGUGUAUAUAUAUAUAUAUAUAUAUAUAUAUAUAUAUAUAUAUAUAUAUAUAUAUAUAUAUAUAUAUAUAAAAUCUAUCUCCAUCCCUAAGGGUAAAGUAAAUCAUCAUUCUCUCUGUGUCUUCCCAUCAGAUCUGUGAGAAUUGCUCUCACAGAAUACAUAAUACUGAAUACCAGAGGGAGAACUUGGCCGGUUUAUAUUUGCCAUUCAGCAUUAAUAACACACUAAACGGGCUUUUCUAUUCUCUAAAUACUAAUUUGUCAUAUGGGAUUUCACUAUUAUUUUAACAGGACAACAUAUGCUGUAGCGCUGUGCAAUGGGACUAGCAUGUGUACCUUUUGCCUGCACAGGGAUUAGAGGGUUUAAACCUGACAGCUGAUCGUACAGGAAGGUACACAAAUAUCUCUUUGGCGACAGCCCCAUUGAUUUUCAUUUUAAAAGAAGACCUCUCGCAGACAUCGGUGGAGACUCGCUUACAGAAAUCAGUACUUUUCCAUUUAAAAGCCUUAUUUUUUUUUCUAGAAUCUGUGCACCAUGGUCUGUUUUCAGAGGCUGAUAGGUCUGCGGUUUUAAAGAUUCAAAUCAUACUUUUUUUCCAGUCUGCCAGUUCGGAGUAUCCUACUCACCCCCCACCCCCCUCCAUGUUUCCCUAUAUAUAUUCUGCUCUAUUAAACCCCAGGCACUCAAGCUCUUUGAGACAUUUCUAGAGUUUACCAGCAAUCUAGAGACUCUGUUCAAGCAGCAAGUCCAGCCCUCUAUACGUGUGGCCUUUGUGACUGUUUCUGUUUGCAGUUAUGCUCCAAGGCUGUUACAUAAACCUUAACCUUUUUGCUACAAUGGCAACUCCUCUUGGCAGCACAAAUGUAUUUAUAGUUUAUUGGAGAAGUUAGCGUCAAGAGGGAGAUGGGGGGCAGUGCCAUUUAUUUUUGUUUUGUUUUACACAUCAAUGGUAAAUCUUCCUUUAAAAUGUGGUUCUCUGUUCUGCAGGCCUCUUAAAUAAAUUAGUCUUUCCAAGUAAGGGAUAAUUCAUUUCAGUGGUAUUUAAGAGACACUAAAGGGGACUUGAAGAUCUUAAUGGGCACUGUCGAGCAGGAUUUUCCUUCCUCUGCCUUGGAGCAAUGCUGAAAGAGCUAAAGGAGAAAAAAAAAAAUAGGGAUAUCAUAUUUUCAACAACAUUAAGGGUAUCAAGAUAACAUGAGCGGGAAGCACAUUCCAAACAGAUAUAAUAGAACAAGGGGUCAUGCUCUGAAAUCAGAGUGCGAGGAUUAGCGGUAAUGCAGGGAAAUAAAACUUUACAGAGUAGUGCAGUCAUUGAAUAGUUCCUAAGAGACAUGUCAGGGCACAAUGCAGUGAGCCAGCUACAAUGCUUAGGGAACUGCGAUGGGCAAAAUGGGUAUUUUAUAAAAUACCCCCCCCCCAUAUCUAAUAUUGCCAUUUGGCGCUGAGAUGGGAAUCAUGGGACCUUUUUUAAAUUUGUACUAUGGGCCAGAACAGCCUUGCGGUCUUAUGCAAAAUAAUACUAAAAACUAAAAAAAGAAAAGUAUAACCAAUGGCUCUAAGAAAGUUCAAUGUCCAGUUGCUUCUGGUGUGAAAGUUAAAAUACUGUAUUUGUAAUUAUUAUUUGCAAAUAUGUACUUUAUUUUUGGUGUUUUAUUGCGCUGUCUGUAUGUAGCCCCCUUUUUGUUUUUUUGAUCCUUUUGUGGUCAGAGACUGGGUAAGCAACCUAAAAAGGUGUUGAUUGUUAUGUCUAUGUAGGGUUUGUUGUUAACUACCAAUAUUGCAGGACUAUAACAUUAUCUAGAGCAAUUAUUAAGUCUGCAGUGGACACAUUUCAGGAUCUUUAGGCUAUUGGACACAAAUGGCUUAUCCAAGACAUUACUGCGCGAUUAAUGUCAAACAUAAUUGCAGCCCUAUCUUCUGUUUUUCUUCUUCUGAUAAAGGUUUCUAUGAUUGCUUUUGCGUUCCUGGCUAGAGGGCUGCUUCCAGGCAAUUUAUGUUUUCCGAGUGCGUGCCAAACACUAUAUAUAAUUCUGUAUUAUCUAAAAUGGUUGAGAAUAUGUAAUCUUAUACUCGGAGUAAUUUGUUGUACAGUUGAGGCUAUUAAUCUCUCUUUCCCCACGGCUGUACAUUUCCAUGAGUCUCUGGCAAGGUCAAAAAGUUCAAAUUAAUAGUUUUUUUUUUGUGUGGACAAAUGGUUUGUUCUUCUGACUAGUAAGACAAUGUUUUAUAUCCUUUAUUCUUUGUGAACAAUUGCUAGCUUUCCCUGGGUGUCCUUUUUACCCAGCCAAAGUGCCUUCACUGUUAUAGAUAGUUGGCUAUGUAAUAUUUUAUUAACCUGUCUUUUGUAUCUCAUCUAUUGUGAUAUAUAGCCUGCUUUAAGCAGCCAGUAGAAAUAACAGCAGCCUCAAUAACUACAAAGCUAAUUUUUUCUGUAGCAUUCCAGGCUGGAAUCGGCUGUUGUGUUGUUGUUGUUGUUGUUAUUAUUAUUAUUGUUAUUAUUAAUGAAAGGCAUGUUCUGGACAUAGAUUUAAUGUAAAUAGACAUUUGUUUAGCUAUUAUUUUGUACACAUAAAGGCCUAUUUUCCUUAAAGGACCACUCUAGGCACCCAGACCACUUCAGCUUAAUGAAGUGGUCUGGGUGCCAGGUCCAGCUAGGGUUAACCCAUUUUUUCAUAAACAUAGCAGUUUCAGAGAAACUGCUAUGUUUAUGAAUGGGUUAAGCCUUCACCUAUUUCCUCUAGCGGCUGUCUCAUUGACAGCCGCUAGAGGCGCUUGCAUGCUUCUCACUGUGAUUUUUCACAGUGAGAGCACGCCAGCGUCCAUAGGAAAGCAUUGUAAAUGCUUUCCUAUGUGACCGGCUGAAUGCGCGCGCAGCCAGCCGACGGGGAGGAGGAGAGCUCUCCGCCCAGUGCUGGAAAAAGGUAAGUUUUUAUCCCUUUAUCCUUUCCAGAGCCGGGCGGGAGGGGAUCCCUGAGGGUGGGGGCACCCACAGGGCAUUAUAGUGCCAGGAAAACGAGUAUGUUUUCCUGGCACUAUAGUGGUCCUUUAAGCGUUCUCUAGUCCUUUUGUGAUUUUAGUAUUUUCUGUGGUUUGCUCGCAAAACAUGAGAAUUUACAAUAGAAUUGCAAUAUUUAGGCCAAAAUAGUCACAAUCGAAACAUUCUCCAGGUCUUCUAUUUUGGAUUUAAAUUUGCAGUUUCCAUAUAGAUUUUCAUUUCCAUUAACAAUUUACUGAUAGAGGAUGUUCCAAAUCACUGCAUCAUUAAAUUCCCUACUCACAAUCUUCUUAGGACAAUGCUAUGCUUCCCGUAGAGUGGCCAAGUACUUGUAUUAAUGAAGGCACUUAUACAAGUACCCUCCUCUUAACCACUUACUGUGAAGGAGCUAGAACUAUGGGGGCCAUCUAUAGCACGUUUUACAAAAUCUUGAAUAGAGAAGUCAGUAAGGGUUUUUUUUUUUUCUUCUUAUUUAUACCAUAGCAUAUUUAAUGCAUUCAUAAAGUUGUAAUAAAAGCUCCACCCAGGUGUGUCCCUUGAAUUAAUUGUUGCAAGCUCAUUUUAAUAUUAAUUAAUAAUGCAAUAUUAUGUCUCUUCAUUUGCUGUUUUAGUCCCCAAAAAUUGUAAAGCGAUGUGUUGGCUUCGUAUUAAAGUGUAUAAUGGUAAACAUUUAAAUGCUGCUAACAGAUUUUGCAAACCUUGGUUUAUUCACUGAAUGCCAAAUUGUAGAAUGAAUACGAAAUAGAAAUAAAAAAAAAUAGUUAUGUGGAAAAUGCUGAUCUGGAAGAAUUCUUCAAAUACGCUGUAGUCCCAGUAUGCCUAUUUUCACAUAAAUAGAACAAUUCAGUUUUCAGUUCAGUGCAACUUGUUUUUUGCUGUUGGUUAAAGUCCAUAGUGUAGAGAAACAAAACUUUCUUGACCAAAAACAACAAACAGAUACAGUAGGGUUUUAAAAGUCUUUUCUGUAGCCAUACAACGUAAAAGAAAAGCCAGAAUUCCUCUGAACUUUAGGCCUAUCUUUACCACUCAGUCCUUACGUUCAUGCUUGAGCAGACUUACAAAGGGAUGUUUUUUUUCCCCCUUGCUUUAAUGAAAGGACCCUCUUUUACAACUGCAAAAAAAAAUAUAUAAAAUAAAUAAAUCCUCGAGUGGAAUCUUUGUGCCAGACACUGAGAUUUCCAUGCAAGGAUAUUGGAAAAGAGCCCAUAUCCACUGAUGACAUGAUUGCAAUUAAGGGGGGGGGAAAAAUGCUUUCAUAACAGGAACAUCAAUACAGCGGAACCCUUGGACACGUCACCUGGUGUGCGUUCCAAUGCAAUAGCUAACCUAGUAAAACACUGUAUUAACCACAUAUUAGCGGCUGUGAAACGUGUGACCACAGGAAACUGGAGAAAAUGCUUGUGAUUUAUCUUAAUGUUAUGGUGGCAGAGGACCUCUAGUGGCCAUUUAAUAUUAUUUCAUGGACAAUUAUGGCUUUUCACCAAAACAUUACCAUUUGUGAUUAAAUAAACAUAUAAUAGUACAACAGUUAAAGUUAUUUGUAAUAAGGAAGUCAACUCCUUUUUCCCAAGUGGAUGCUCUUUAUUUAUACACCAGUUAUUUAUUGCAAAAAACUAUAUUGCACUAAUACUGUACUUUACAGAUGUGCAAGUAGUAUGUGAAAUCCUGGUCUAAAGAGGUUGUUCUAUCAGACUCAAAGAUUCUCACAGUUUUGUAUCCUAUAUCUGACCAGUGCUUUGUUUUGGAUGAAUAAAGGUUUAUUUGACCUUGUGUAAUAGGGAACUAAAGGUGUACAAUAGCGGAAGAAAUUACCAAAGCAUCACACAUAGGGACCUACUGUAGUAGGGAACAAAAUGUAUAUAACACUACAAAUUCCCAAAUCAAGGUAAACCUGCCAAACUCUUCCACAGUCGCUUGGUAAGAUGAUUUGGCAGUUAAUUGAGAACUAUUAAGAGGAUUUCUUAAUAACUAAAAUAAUUGGUUUUAUACUUUGUAUCUGUCUAGGAUUGCUUUAUCUAUUUGAAACCCACACCAUUCCUUUUGUGCAGUUGAGCAGUAAAUGUAGACUGUUGCCCUGCUGUUGUGCAGGCGAACUGGUAACUUAAUUACGGAGGAUUCCUGUAGAUACUUUCUAGGUUUAAUAAUGGUUUCCCUUUUGUAGAUGUUUCACACUGCAUACUCUACAACACAGCAAUGUUCUUGUUCAGCACAUCAGUAUGUAGAGCUUGAUAUGUGUCCAGGAAAACCUAGUAGCUCCAGCAGUCCUAGAUCUAUCUGGGUUUAAGACAGACUCCUGAGAUGUUUUACCGUACUCAAAUCUUAUAGGUCUAUAGACAACUUUGUCAAAUCUGCUAUAGAUAUUCAGUCCCUUUCAUUCUUCUUAAUUCUUUUAAGUCUGGCUAAUAAAAUAACUCUGACAAUUACUUUACUGUCAACCAAGUUCAAACCACAUUGAGCCUAUUGGGUCUUUGUUAAUUUCAAAUUGGCAUCAUCGCUGCAGUGCGAUUUGUUUGAAAAUCGCUCAACUGAUUUACUGAACAGCAGCCAAAUUCCCUGUUGCAAGAAAAUGAAAAAUAUAAUUGCUGCUAUGGGUAAGAGUAGAGUUUGAGGGAUAUUUCAGGUUGGAGGAUUGUUAGUGUUUAUGGGGUUAGCGGUAUCCCUUUAGAGAUAUUUAGGCUUAUUGGCUGAUUUUAACGGGUAAAUGAAUGGUAGUGCAAUUUCUGUUAAAAUAUAUAUAUUCCUUUUGUGACUAAAUAUCUACCCCAUGAAAUUGGUAUACCAACUUGCAAAUAGAAUGCAGUUGCUCCCCUUUCUUGCUUUACAGUAAGAACAAUACUGUCACCUGCAGCACUGACACAGGAAGUGUGAUGGCCAGUGGAGGUGUCCCUAGGGAGCAAUGUAAACUCUGCCUUUUCUCUGAAAAGGCAGUGUUUACAUUAGAAUACCUGCAGGGACCGACUGUACUCACCAGAACUACAUUAAAUUGGCACUGUCAUGGCCGAAUCCCGUUUUUUUUUUUUUAACCCCCCUCCCGACUCCAUUACAUCUAAUUGACCCCCUAGUCACCCCCAAAUGCUCCUAAGCACCCCAAAUGACCUAGUUUUUAAAUUUUAUUUUCUGCCCCGAUAUAUAUUCUGGGCAUCUUUGUGUGGGUAGAUGAAGGCCCUGUAGGAAACGUCAUCUGCCCACAGUAGAUAGCGCUGUGAAAUUCCUGCGCAUGCCCAGUUAAACACUUGGGCAUGCGAAUGGGUAUUUCAUCCAAUCAUUCGUCAGAAAGACGAAUGAAUAGAAACGUCAGCCGAACAAACACAGAACAUCGGUGUUCGUUUGUUUGUUCAGUUUAUUACAAGGAGGGAGCUACCGGCGCGCAGCCCCCUCCUUGUAAUAUGUAAAAAUAGAAGCGGCAGGCAGCAGUGCUCCCUGCCACUUCCUAAGCCACCCAUGUCCUCCCUGCUGUGAGUAGGGGCAUGUCUACUAAACAGUGACCAGCCUUUCCCCGCCCUGCAGAGCUCAGUCUGCACCGUACCCUGGGGAAGAUGGUUUAAUUUGUUAGCGUCUGGUUUUUUCUUUCUUUCUUUCUUUCUUUUUUUUUUUUUGCGCUCAGGUUUUUUAUUUUAUUUUUUACAAGUUUGACGGGUAUUAUGUUUUUAUUGGCCUUUUUUGGGGCUGAAAAAUGAAGAUUUUAGAAAAAAAGACUUCAAAUUGUAGUUCUUUUAUUCCCCCCUCACUAUUUGAGGGUGGGAGCCUGGGGGGAGGACAAUAGGUCUCCACCCCCACCCCCACCCCUUCAUUCUCAUUUAUUUCCCCCACCCGCCGCUCAGGGGUGGGAGCCGGGGGGUGGGGGAGGACAAUAGGUCUCCACCCCCUACACCCCACAUUCUCAUUUAGGGCCCCCGCCCGUCGAGAUCUAGGUCCACCCGGCUCGGGAGGGGGUACUAGGUUUUUGUUUGUUUUGUUUUUUUUACACUGUGAGCAGCCACAGACUGCUCACUGUUUAAUAGACAUGCCCCUACUCGCAGUGUAGUGAGUAGGUGCAGAAUUUACCAAUACGAAGUAAUUUUUACUUCGUAUUAGAAAAUUUGGCUGAAAGACCAAUUUAGGUCUUUCAGCCUUUUGGUAGAUAGCUCCCCAGUUCCCACGGUAUUAGGGAGCUAUCUACUAAGUGGCUGCAAGAUGCAGCCGCGGCACGAAUAGGAUCGGAGUUUCAUUCAUUGGAAUGAAAUUCGGAUAUGAACAUAGUCCCAAAUUGCGUCCGAACACGAAUGGAGAAACUGUUCUCAUUCUGUUAGGACGCAAUUCUGCAGCUUCGCCAGCGUUCUGUCUAAAUGACAGGACGUUGGUGAAAAGUUAAAUGGAAGCAUCGCGGGAACACUGAGGAUAGCUGAGAAUUGUGGGAAGAUUUCUCUGACCACCGGAAAUGAAGCACACUUUGCUCCUCCGCUGGUCAGAGAUGGUCAGACGUAGGAAACCUCUAUAAGACAAAUAGUCCCUACUUUGUCUUAUGUUUUAAAGAAAACUAGAGCAGACAGGAAGAAAUGAAGAACAGAUCCUGACAGAGGGAGAGAAGAGGAAUCGAUUAAAGAAAGGUAAGUUCGGCAUGACAGUGCCGCUUUAAGCUGUAGUUGUUCAUGUGACUAUACUGUCUGUUUAAUAAAGUAUACAAAUAAUGUAAUUUAAGAUGGCUCUCUGUGACAGGUUACAAGUUGCAUGCAAACCAGAGUUAGAAUCACUUUUUACAUGGUUAAUAAUUUUUUAGUUUUAUUAAAUUCAUCCUCAUUCAGUUUUAUUCACUAAACUCCAUAAUGUACCAAAUCAAAAUCUGAAUGCCAAAACUGAAUCUAAAAUAACUGAGCUGUGCCUGUAACUGAAAUCUAGAAUAUAUUUUUGUUGCCAUUCAGGUUAUUAUUUAGUACAAUUCAAAGUUUCGUGAAUAAACCCCAUUGAGUUUCUCUUACACUUGUAUUUUCUUGGAUUAAAUAUCCCCAGGUGUUUUGUUUGAUAAGGCAUUCAGAUCUUUUAGGUGAGCGUGACAUAUCCAAAAGUAAUGUAUUGUGCUUGUUUGUUCCACGGUCGUAGUGGGCACACCUGGCACUGGAAAGUACAUUUCAUGCACCAGUUGUUACUAGACUAGUUUUGUUGCAACUGUAAUUGUGAAAUAAUAGUGACAUUGUUUUGUGUGCCAGUACCGGAAAGCCAAAUAUUGUGAUGCUGUUUUUUCCCAGAUAUUUCUGCCUAUUCGAUGGUCCUUUUGUGACUAAAUGAAUGGCACAUUCUAUACACGGGAAUAAUUGCUUUAUUCUGUUUCUUGAAUGGGGGAGUAAUAUGUUGCUUACUACUCUUUUGUCCAUGGGACACUCCUAUUCAGUAAAUGCUUUUUCUGUAGAAUUUAGAAAUUUGUUUAACCCUUUAGGACACAUGACAUGUGUGACACGUCGUGAUUCCCUUUUAUUCCAGAAGUUUGGUCCUUAAGGGGUUAAUGUAUAGAAGAGGGAAAUAUAUAAGCAACAUAUGUAGUCUCAUUAUUUUCCUCACAUGGUAAUUACAGUGUGACAUUUUGUGUAGCAUCUGGUAUAAUGCCUAGAUAAAUGUACCAAUGUUACUCUGAAUGUGUGAACUUUGCAUGUGGUGAGAGAUCCCUAGAUCCUUUUGUUGGCACUUGGCCUACAAUAAUGUAACAACCUUUCACUGCAACAUGUCAACAUCCAAUAUGGCUGUAUUCCAAGUCUGUUACUACAGUAACUACAAGCAAGAAAUUCAGACACAUAGUAAAGAAAAUCAGAUGGAAAUGUAACCGGUAGGGAUGCAAGCCGCAGAAGCUUAAUUAAGAUUAUUUACAUUUUCCUUAAACUUUUCAUUCUCAUGCAAAAAUGGUAUUGGCUGUUCCUACUUACUCAAUGUAUAAUUUAAAAGCUCUAAAUAAUCGUGGUGUUAAAAGCCAUUAAAUAUUAUUUAUUGCCUGCCUUUACUUUCUCAGUGUAUUAUUUUGAUUACUUUCCAAGAAUCUCAAUACACAGUGUAGAAUUAUAUUGUGCUUUAUUAGAUGUAUUGUAUUCAUUAUAGUAUAUAUACAUGAUAUAAAAACUUGUUUCUUUUUCUUUCCAAAAACUAUAAAAGAAUAAAGACGAUCCUCCUGUUAAUGCCACAGGUGCCAGUCACUUCCUCUUUUGCAAGCCGGAAGCUCCUGCAUGGAGCUUCUGUCAGCUUUCCUGAGCUGAGCUAAGCUCUGCACCUGCUCUCCGUGGAGGAACAGUAAUCAAAAACAAGGAUACAGCACUCACAAAGUCCAAAAAUGACAGGCAUUUUUGGACCACACUAGCAAUGUUUAAGCCUAGCCAGGAGCUCUUCCCUCCGAAGCAUGUUAUCGUUUUUAUGCUGUAUAAAGGGUUCCUUUAAAUGAGUAAAUCUUACUUUUGAAGUUCCUACAAUCAUAAGUAUACAGGCAUUGCAGCUUUUACACUAAGCUAUGACAAACCAGGAAGUGGCUUAGUCAAUCACGGUGCUCCCAUUAUUUUCAAAAGAUGUCCAUUGCCCCUAAACCAUAGCACAGCAAUUCCAUUCAUUAGAUAAGGUGAAUGAAACUGUUGCCUAAGUUGUUUGUAGCAGCACCAGAGCCUCUAUCAGCAUACUGGUAGUUCCUUGUACAAGAAAAUGAGAGGUGAUUGCGCGAUCACUAGUGAGUACGACCUAAGCUCAUGUCCCGCAUAGUAAGAUGUGUAAGACCAGAAGAUAUGCGGACUUAAAUAGAAUAUACAUGCGAGAAGUAUUGCUUCCUCCUGUGAAGGUUGUUACUAAGGGCGUGAAAUUAUUGGUGAAAUGUUUGCAUUCAUAACCUAUGCAAAGAGCAUAGAUCGUUAUAGUGCAUAGUUCGUUCGAUACCGGUUUAUAUUCCUAGCACUUUAGUGUUACUUUAAAUAAUGUUAUGGUCAUAAAUGUAAUCUACUGAAAUAUAUAUACCUUUUAUAGCCUCUGCAGGGAGCCUCCAUACUUAACACAGAAGCAUGCAAACUAUGAAGGUUGCCAACACCUACUCAGUGCUUGUCACAUUGAGACAUAAAGGUCUAAGUAGUUCAGCAAUUCCUAUUAAAUAUAAACCAAUGGUGUAACUGAAAAAUAAGUCUUAAAUUCUGACAGCUGCGCUACAGAUUUGACUGUGACGUCUGCUUAUACCGUCAGUACAUGCCCCCAUCUUAUUCACCUGAAUUACCGUGGUAAUUCAAAUUGCAACUCUUUAAUUGAGGAAUGGAACAUAUAUACAUUGUUCUUACCAAUUUCCUUUGGAAAAGCUGCUCUCUCUCUAGACACAGCAGUGGACUUUCCAUACAUUUUUCAUCAAUAUUGAGAAAAGGGGAAUGUAAUUAAUCUUUGUCCGUAAGCUUGUUUUGUAUGGAAUUACAAAUGUCUGUAGCAGAUAUUCUCCCCAGUCAUUGUGGUUGCUCCAUGAUGAAUUGCAGCAGAGGAAAGGGUUUUUUACACCAAGAACAAUAAAGAUGUGAAUUUCUCUGUCUAAAGAGGUUGUGUAAACAGCAACUGGAUUCCUCCUUGAAAACACAGGAUAUUCAAUGAUAUUCUAGUUAAUAUCUGAUGUACAAUGUUGAUCCAGGGAGAAAAUCUGAAAGCUGUUUUUGUCGUAAAAUUGCACAGGGCUUCAAACUAGGUCCUCCAUCUUUUUUUUAAAAAUGUAUCAACAGCUGAAACAUGUUUUUGAAAGGCUUGCAUUUUGCACUGGUCCUGAACAUUUUAUUAAACCUGUGUUACAAUGCAUCUGUAUAAUGUACAAGGUGAUACCCACGAUCAUGAGGGUUAUUGGGGCAAACUCUCCUCCUCUGCUUUGUAGAACACAUGUAAAAGCUAUCAUUUGUCUGGCCAUCCACUUAAUCUUGUGUAUUUAUUAUGGUAGCGCCAUGAAAUAAUCAAUUAAAAAAAUAAAUUUAAAAAAAGUGGUUUACUCGGUUGUAUUUUAAUGUGGACAACAUGUUUGCCUUUGCUUUUUUAUUUUUUAUUUCCAUGAAACUUGAAAUCAACAGUCCCUAAAAUUGUUAUAAUAAAACAGGAAAUUCUGAUACCAUUAGAGAACAAUUUGUUUGCCAAAUCUCUUAUAUCUGUGUCUCACUAAUGUCAAUAUACUGCUUUAGUUGCAAUGAUUACCUCGGGCUAUCCCUGAGUGUUCACUGUACCUAAUGAAGUAUUGGCUACACCUCGCUGACGAGGCCCAAAGAAGGCCUUGUUUUCUGUAUCUCUCAUGCAGAGGGAACUUGCUGCCGUUUCGGGUCUGAACUGCCCUUAUUGGUUGGAUCAGUCUGAUAUGAAAAUAUUUUAGGUUCUCUCUGUGAUUGCAUAGGUGAGCAAAAACUAGUUUUAUACCUGAGCCGGCACUAACCUGUGGAGUUUCUCUAAGCUUUAAUCCGUUCUCGGUUCUAAUGUUCUUUGUUUUCAUUCCCCUGUAUACAUUGAUGGGAAGGAGAUCUGAAUGAGAUAUUCUGUUGUGAUUAAUUGUUCUGAGGGAUUUCCCCAUUUCCUUAUGAAAUAAUGUUAUAAAAUAAGUUUAGGUGGUAUUUGGCUCUGACACACUCAUACUUUUCCUCACAGCUAUAAACUUUGUUAGAAACUUUGCAGCCAAGGUCAUUUUUUUUUUUUUUUCCACGAGGUGGAAUUUCCAGAUAAAGCCAAAAAAUAAAAAAAAAUACCAUAAACUAUUAUCUGUUUCCACUCUCCUUUGGCCCAAUAAUUAGAGUUAUGAACUACUUGAUAAAUGUAGGGCUUCCUACCAACUUCUUGGGAUUUCCCUACCCCUCCGCAUCACUUUGAGUGAAGGGUUGCAAAACGUUUUUUUUUUUAUUCUUAUUUUAAGAUGUUAUUUACGAAACAUACUUUAUGACUAUUCAAAAGUUUGGAAUAAUAGGACACAGCCAUUAAGACUUUUAUUCUAUAUUGUUCUUUUUGUCAUAUUCUCAGCUGAUACUAAUCUUACUAAUUCUCAGCUGAUACUAAUAAAAGUUAAUUUAUUUUUAUUGUUCGUGUUCUUAUUGGUGCUUAGAUUACCUUAUUGGUUAUGUGGGGCAGAUGUGUGGCAUUUGCCUCCCUCUGCCAAUCAGAUGUAUUGGGCACAGCAUAUUGGGGAUGUGAAGACCUUCUAUAUUCAAGGGAAGAGCUUAUAGUCUAGUGUUUGUCAGCCUGACAGCCAAAAAUGGUGUAGUUUCAGAAUGAAACAGUCCAAACAAAGUGAGUCAAUGCACCAAAACUACUUCAUUGAGAUUAAAAUGGUUUUGGUGCAGAGUGUCUCAUUAAUAUAUUGUAUAUGCAUAAAUUCCCAAGAACAAAAAGUAGAUGUUCUAUAUUUUCCUCUUCUUUUGUAUAUAUUUUUUCUUUUUUUCUGUCCAGUACGAUUUUCAUGAGUCACUGUUUUAUAUAUUUACCAUAAAUUUCUCUUCUGUGAAAGGUCAACUUUAAGAGACCAAGUGGGAACCAAUGAAGUUAAGUUCUAGCUGUGGCAGUGUCUGAAUGCUACAUUCUUUCUAAAAGUGUUUUUGGUACCUCAGAAGAGUCAUUUAUUGUGGGUCUAUUACACACGUGUUUCCCAAUAUGGCUUCAAUAUGUAAUAGCACAAUUAACUGCCACGGAGUUUGAGAAACCAUUGUUCUCUCUGCGUACUGAUUAGACAUGUGCAUUCGGUUUCAAAUGAUUUAUCUGAACAUUGGGCGAUCGUUUAACCAUAUGACAAGAUCACAAAACAAACUAAACCAGGACUGAACGAGCAUUUGUGAUUCUGAGUUCCGUCUGUGGGGUCAAAAAAUAAAUAAAAUUGAUCGAUGGUUAGAACACUGCCACUAGUGGUUGAUUUUAAUUAAACAACAAGUGAGAAGGAACCGGUAGAGUGGGGAAAAGGGGAGAUGCAAUUAAAAAAAAUAAAAAUACAUCUACACUUUAUAUAGUAUAUAGUGUAAUAAUGUAUACAUACUUUUUUUUCUGCUUCUCCUUUUUUCCCUCUAUUGAUUACUUCUCUUCACUUGAACUGUGAACCAUAUGCCGCAAAAAUUUCCCUACUAGUGUGCUUCAGAAUAAAUACAUGAUAUUUUGGUGCUUUUUCUUCCAAUUUGCAGCGUCCAAAUGUUUUUCCCGAAACAAUUGCACUGACAAAAUGUGUUCAAACUAAAAUUUAUGGAUGAGAACCGAAUCGCCCAAAAUAUUUGUGGAGAAAAUUGAGUAGGACUAACCAAUUUUUACACAAUGCACAGGUGUAAUACCAAAUACUUUCCCCAUAUCAUGGUGUAUUGUUCAUCAUAUUUGUUAUCCAGUGUUGUAGUUGGAAAAGAGUUAAACUGAACCAAUACCAAAUCGGUUUUAAUGACAAAAAUGAUUGGGAUAUUUUGCUCUCCCCCAUUCUGAUGUCAGCAGUUCAUUGAAUGAAUCCCAGAAAUUCAGGAAGGCAGAUGUUUUGUAGAGGUUUUUUUUAAUGCCACUGGCAGCCUGGUUCAUAACUGAACACUUUGGUCCCAUGUAUGUUCAUGUUAUAAAUAUAUCUGGUGGGCUUGUUAGGAAUAUUCUAGAAAUAUACAUCUAGACAAUGUUUAAUGGAGCAUACAGCUGUAAUGUAGCAAAUGAAAAUUAAAAUGCCUAUUUUUUUUUUUUUUAAUUCUUUAUUUUCUGUGCAUUGAGAAAUGUGACAAAAGCAUAACAUACUUGAGCUGCCUUUUCAACAUAGGCAGAUUAGUAAAUAACAAUUGUUUUGCCAAGGCUCUGGAUCAGUCUAUACGUUUUACACUUAUAACAUAUCAGGAGCAUAGGAUUGGCAGCAAGUGUGUAGUAUAAGUCUUUUUGUUCUAUGGUCGAAGGAAUUAGCUUGCGUCCUAGUAGUCAGGAAGAACUUGUGGUCAUGUUUCUGCACUUUUUCUGGUUUUCUAAUGUGUCGAGUGUGCCCAUGCGGUAGGUUCCCAUAGGGUGAACUGGUUGUGAGUGAUUGUGUCUAUGUUGCUUGGGUCCUGUGAAUGGUUAAGUGGCACUCCUCUCUGUUGUUUGAGGGAGGGUGUUGGUGAUUGUAAAGUGCUGUUGUUCGUCGUCGGUUAAAAUUGUAUAUGUGCGUCUGUCUGUGCCUGAGUGUGGGUUUUGUGUCGCGCUUGCUAUGCUUGGGUUAGUAGGUAGUGUUGGCCCUUAACCUAAGAGGGUAAAAUGCCUAUUGUAAUGAUAAAAAUAUAUAAUCUGUAAAAAAAGAAAAAAAAAAAAAAAAAAUUUAAAAUUUUUUUUUAAAAAAAGUACUAUAAUGUAAUGGUUGAAUAAAUACUUUGCAAAUUGCAAACUUUAGUUUUAGGUUGUGGAACUUCAUUUUUUUUUUUUUUUUAAAUCUAUAAGCACAUCUGACAUCCUGACUUUUAAAAACACUCCUUCACCUGAUAUGUUUUUCACACUUAGUCUCUCCCUUGUCCUCCCACAGACCUCAUGGAGUCCCGCUCAGCUCGUUCCUUCACCUUUGGAUUUAACACCAGCGAUUACCGGAUUCUUCUUCUAGAUCAGGACCAGGACCGGAUGUAUGUUGGGAGCCGUGACUACCUGCUGUCACUGGACCUUGGAAACAUCAACCGUGAGCCUUUGAUUGUAAGCCCAGGAGACCCCAUGGGAAUGGAUGGAUCUGUCUGAUAAAGCACAUGCCUGGGGAAGCACAGAAGGUGCACCUAGUGGGGUAUAACAUGCACGUAAUGCAGUACAUCUGCAGACUGAUAUCAUGUGGGAGAUAGAGACUUCAUAGAGGGGGUACAACCAUGCACAUAGGCUAAUUUGCACUUACCGGUAAUACAUUUCAUGAUCCUUAUUGGAAUUUUUUUUUCUCCUCCUCUCCUCUCUAGAUUCAUUGGCCAGCUCCUCUAAACCGUCACAAGGAAUGCCUCAUGGCUGGGAAGGGACGUGCUGUGAGUAUUUUUUAGAACUUUCUUGUUAAGAGUUAUAUAUACACUGCACACACUUCUGAGAUCAGUUUAAACUCUUAAUACCUUCCAUCAACCUCUCAUUAGCUACUUCAUUUUAAAAGUCAGAAAGGGCUCAAAUAUUUUCUCUGUAAUAGUCACAGAUCUGUUUUAGUGUAUUCCUAACUUGAUAUCCAGCGAGCUAUCUAAAAUGAAAGGGUUUUCUGUAGUCUGGGGAGCUAUGCUUUUCAUGAUUGUUCUGAAAGCUAGGAUUCAUGGAGUGCAAAUCAUGUUUUCCCCUAAACUACUGCCAUGUAAUCUUACUGGUGGAGAAAGCACUAUACUUUUGAAACAACUUGUGCAUGCAUCAUUAAUGCCUAAUAUAAUAUGUAUAGUUUGGAGGAAAGACGAGACGGGGGGAUAUAAUAGAAACAUUUAAAUACAUAAAGGGAAUCAACACAGUAAAGGAGGAGACUAUAUUUAAAAGAAGAAAAACUACCACAACAAGAGGACAUAGUCUUAAAUUAGAGGGACAAAGGUUUAAAAAUAAUAUCAGGAAGUAUUACUUUACUGAGAGGGUAGUGGAUGCAUGGAAUAGCCUUCCAGCUGAAGUGGUAGAGGUUAACACAGUAAAGGAGUUUAAGCAUGCGUGGGAUAGGCAUAAGGCUAUCCUAACUAUAAGAUAGGGCUAGGGACUAAUGAAAGUAUUUAGAAAAUUGGGCAGACUAGAUGGGCCGAAUGGUUCUUAUCUGCCGUCACAUUCUAUGUUUCUAUAAUGCCAUGUUAUUUAAAACGGUCUUCAGGAGCCAACUGCAAAUCAGAAUUUUAUAGUAUCUCUGCUUUAGGUUGGUGUGGCUCCUCCGUUUUCAUUGUGACACUUGUGCAUUGGUUGGGGAUAACCGCAAACUGUUGGUGUGUCUCAAGGACUUUUUGGAAGUACUUUGACGAAAAUUACCUGUGACACACCCAGCCAUCUAAAUAGUGAUAUUUGCUAUAAACCUAAUCAAUAACAUGCCACAAGAUGAAAUAAGUCACCCACAUUGUUUCUUAGAUAGUGUAACUUUAUUAUGCUAUACAGAGCCCAAUAUAUUUGUCUCCCAUCUCUGAUAUCUGCAAUUGUAUUUCUUUACCUUUCAUAUUUACCAUCACAGGAUGAGUGCUACAAUUACCUACGUCUCAUUCAGCCACUGAAUCGAACACAUCUGUACGCUUGUGGAACAGGAGCCUACCAGCCACAGUGCGCGCUCAUCUACAGGGGCUGGAGGUCCGAGGUAAUGAAUGAGUGCCUUCUCACCAUGCUCCCAAUAAUGAACCUGCAGCUAUAUUUUCUUAUAUAUUACUAGUUUGUUCACAAAGUGUACAAUACUGAGAUUUCUGGAUGUGACUGACAUUCUGGGGUCGAGAAGGAAUUUUUUUUCUUUUUGCAAAAUUGGAAAGUGCAUAAAACUUUUUUUUUUUUGGUGUUUGUUCUUAUUUGCCAUCUUUUGGAUUAACAGCAAAAACAGAUACGAGAAAGGCUGAACUUGAUGGAGACAUGUCUCUUUCCAGCCUAUGGAUCUAUAUAACUAAAAUGUAAUUAUAAUGCAGAGGAACUUACCAGCAAGGGUCAAUCUGACCAAGUCUUUCAUUUAUGCAUGUACCGGGGACUUGCCACUUGGGAUCCAGAAAGGUAGUGGCCAGGUUUUGUUUAAACUGAAUGGUCCUAUAAUUAAAAAAAAAAAAAAAGUGGAUCGAAGAAUCUUUACUUUUGCUUGAGAGAAAACUGAGGUCAAUUAAUUCUUGCUUUAGCACUGUUUAGUUAUACUCUGACUUGUAAAAAACUAAAAAUAAAUUUCUGCAUCCGAUCUAUGUUUCCAUUUCCUCAGGACUAUGUGUUCCGGAUUGUCUCAGGCUCUAUUGAGUCAGGGAAAGGGAGGAGUCCAUAUGAUCCCAAGCAAGAAAACAUGGCAACAAUAAUAGGUGGGUUUGACUAUCAUACAGUGCUGUCUGUGUGCUGCUGUUUAUAUAGUUUAUAAUCUACAAUAAAUUAUUUUACAGACAGAGUAAUGAUUAUCUUUUUGUUCACUGCAGAUGGAGUGCUUUAUGCCGGCGUUCAAGUAGAUUACAUGGGGACAGAUUCUGCUCUUUUCCGCACAAUGGGGAACAAACCUCCAAUUCGAACAGAGCAAUAUGAUUCUCGCUGGCUGAAUGGCAAGUAACCUCAUCACCCCAAUAGACUUCUAUUUAUCAUACCUUAAUUCUUUAUAUUUCUUCAUAAUAUGCUGGUGAGAUUGUUCAAUGGAUAGCACUCUGAAAUACAUAGGUUACGGUGACUCUGAAAUGCAGAGUCACUACCUAAUUCUUGGCUAACUCAGCUCGUUAGCUUCUUGAUCCAAGGAGAUAUGACUGUCAUUUUGGGGUCAAGAAGGAUUUUUUUUCCUAGUUUGUUGCAAUAUUGUAAGUGCUUCAGACUGGGUUUUUCGCCUUCUUUUGAAUCAACAGCACAAACAUAUGUGAGAGAGGCUGAACUUGAUGGACGCAUGUCUUUUCAGCUAUGUAACUGUUGUACCAUGAUCAGUAAAAUGAAGAUCAUUACGUUUGAAAAUAACCUGGACUUCGAAAUGUAACUGGCCACUAGAAGCAAGCUACAUGUACCUUUUAUGGGCUAAAUACUUUGGCGCUAUUGUUUUAAAUUACAGCUCUUAAAUCUAAAGUCCUCCUACAGUGUUUUGGUACUUUAAGAGUUGUAACAUCUACAACUCUGGCACAUUUCUAUUUUCCAAAUUAUGACUUUAGUGCCUUAACUGUAUUGUUUAAAAUGCAACCCUUUAGUCUGCAAUUUUUAAUUGAAAUGGAGAUCUUUAAACCCUAGUUACACUGUCUCACCUGGCCCUUCAGUGUAAAAGAAAGUCACUGGAUGGUCGUCCGAUAAAUGAAGUCUUAUUUCUGGGUUCUAACCAACUCUUUGUUCAUCAGACUUUGAACCAAUGCCAUCUCCUAUUUCCCUUAGAGCCUUUGUUCGUGGGGUCGCUGGUGGUCUCUGAGAGCAGUUUCAAAGAGGAUGACAAGCUGUAUAUCUUAUUUCGCGAGAGAAGCCUUGAGGGAGAAAAUGGCCCUGCUGUGCUCUCUCGAAUUGCUCGUAUUUGCUUGGUGAGAAACAAUAUGUGUAACGCGAUAUACUCUUGCAUGCUUUACAAAGAGGCCAGUUUAAUGGAGUAUAAAGUGGGAUGUGAGAUGUUAGAAAGGGGCACAUUCUGUGACCUAGGUUAAUCCAGCCCAGCAGCACAAAUGGAUAUGCUUAUAUGAAUGAAACCCGUUUCUAUUGUUAGAAAAUAUUCAUAUUGCAGAGUGAGGGAUUUUUCUGUGUUCCCAAUCCCAACCAAUUUGUUGUCAUUUACAGGCUGCUGCUCAUCAGUUACGUAUUGAUGCAUUGAUCUAACAUUUGUACCACAGGCAAAGCUGUGAUAGUAAGAUACAUGCAAUCAGUACAUGUUAAAACCCUCAAAGGACCUAAUUUCUUUUAGCGUUGUUCACACAAACAUGUUUAAAUAAGUAGGUUUAGGGUUGUUGAUUCCUAAUCCUUUCAUUACCAAGAAAGUUUUGUUUGAAAUGUACUAACAUAACUUUUAUUUCAAACAUGGGAAUGUGUUGCUGGGAUAUAAAUCUAGGCUAAAACAUAUUUCUGAUAAGACCUUCAUAAAAAUUUAAAUUUAUAUGAAUUUGCACAGUUUUUUUUUUUUCUUAAUUCUUUAUUUUUGGUGUGCAUGAAAAUAUAACAAGUGGGCUUGUCAUGCCCCAACAGCUUUGACAAGCAUACAAACAUACAUUUAACAGUUGGUUGGCAUGUGGAAUAUUCUGCACCAUUUUUAAGAAAAUAGAAAAUAUGAUUCAAUACAUGCUGAUCUAAUCUGUAAACAUAGCAUUUGUCUGAGUGUAAUGAUGGUUAAGUAGACUGUCAGGAGGGGAAUAGAUGGCUAGACUGAGUGGUUGUUAUAAUGAACCCCUUAAGUUUUACUCUUGGAAACAAAGCCUAGUAUAUCAAAUCGCUUGGGAUUCGUAGCGUCAGCGUCUUUAGGGUGGGUAUAAGAAGCAAUAUAAGGGAUCUCAGAAACUACAAGAUAUAUCACCCGAAAGGGAAUAUACAAUACUUUGUGCCUUAUUCACGAACUUGUUGUUUGCAGAGUAAGGUUGGUGUGGCCAGAGUCCAGCUUCAACCAAUUCCCCGGCUUGGGAGGGAGCGCAGGCUGUCCAUGGGUAGUGCCGGGUAUGGGUCGGGCACGCAGGUCUCCCAGUUCUGGGUCGUAUCGAUGACCGACAUCGUGAGGCUGCAUGCUCGGGCCCUCUGUCUCGAGGCUAAGUCUCUGUGAGGUACUUGACAGCCGGAGCUUUUGCUGCGACGUCGCCGCUGGCGGCGGCUCCCCAGCCUCUGCAGCAUCUGUUGGGCAGGUAUCUUGGGGGCUGCGGCCUUGCCUGGAGUGGAGCGUCUCUUCCCUCCAUUCACGGCUCCGCUGGUGCAGUGGUGAUUUUCCCAUGUUCACGUGGGGACAGCUCGGCUUGCAUUUUUUUUGGUGUGGUGUGCUGGGCUGCAGGGUGUGCGUGCAGCUUUUCGUACGAGUUGUGCCAGAAUCGGGCAAAUGCAGCUUCCACACGCUGCAUAAUGUCACUGUGAGUCUCCCUUGCAGGUACACUGUUUGGUUCACCUGAUGUAGUUGCCGCCGCCAUUUUGGCUGCACCAUGUGCUCAGCUUCCCGUGUGCUGCGGUGUGUCAAGCUGUGGUGUCAGCCCGCGACUACCCCUCAUGUCGCUUGGUGCGGACUGAGAUGACCCCUGUCGGUCCAGAGGGAGGGGGGGGUAGAACAUGUCAGCCUCAAGGGACCAGUGUCCAGGUCAGUCAGCCCGGGGAGCGGCCGUCUCCCCGAUGCUUGAUCUCCAGCAGGCCUCAGGGCGUGUUGUCGGGUCCCCUUUCAUGACUGCUUCUUUCCAGUGGGCGAUUGUGCCAUUUUUGUUGGGGAUUUACCCCCAGAAAGUGUAGAUUAGAGCGGGAGCUGAGGUUCAGCACAACCGCUCAGUCUGGAUGCCAGGCUCCGCCCCUGCACAGUUUUAAUUACUCAUUUAUUUGUUCGCCCCUUACAGAAGUAUUUUGGGGAUGAAUAGUUCUUGACACUAUAUAGUAUCCCUUCUCACAGGUUCUGAAAUAUGAAUAAAGAGGCAAAAACAUACUUUUCACAUGGGUAGUAGUGAAGGUGUGACAGAAAUAAUGAUAAAUUGUAUAGGCUCGUCUGAGCAGGAUACUCCUCUACCUAUUGUUUCUGUAACAUUUUGUAAUUGUCUCAUUUAUUCUUAAAUUUACCCCUUUUAUGAUAUUGCAAAACGUUGCGGAAUAAGUUGGCGCUAUAUUAAUACCAACAAUAAUGAUGAUGAUAAUACCCUGUGUAUGGGUAUUUCAAAGGACCUGAUGGCAUUAUUAGCAAUACAGAUUAAAAAAAAUAGCAAUGCAAAUGUAAAAAUGUGUGUAUGAUAUAAUGCCCAAAUAACAUAAUUAGAUACAGUGAUAAAUAUAUGCUAUUGCAGCCUGCUGUAAUUCUGAGUGUUAUCAGAGCCUACCCUCCCUUACUGUUAGAAUGUUGCUUUGUUCUUUGAAGCUUCCCUCAUUAUAUAGGCAAUGGGGAGCUGUUAUUUCCAUUCCUAUUUUCAGAGAUUCAAAGGGUCAGCAUGAAGUCCUGGCAGAGAAAUAAAUUUCUCUCCAGAUUCGAAAUCAUUCUUGGAAUAUAAAGGAAGGUAAGUGGGGUUCGAGAGAGCGAAAGUAAAAACACGUAUACCUGAUUCUGGUAUUAAAGGGGGAUAAGAGAUUAAAGGUGCUGCUCUAACUAUUCAUCUUUUAAAGACACUUUGGCUAUAUGACGUGAUGACCUGUGCCGCAUACAUCUAUUUCAGCUUCAGACAAUGUGUUUUCAAUGUCAUUAUUUGGGAGUAUUCUAGAUCCUCAACUGGAAUGGAAAUGUAAUACUCCCCUCACUGAUAUGAAAUCUAUUUUUAGUAUUGACUUUAGAACUGUUCAUUAUAAAUAUUCUUGUUUAUUUCAUCUCUUUUUAGAAUGAUGAGGGUGGUCUGCGUUCUCUGGUGGGAAAGUGGACUUCAUUUCUCAAAGCCCGACUUGUUUGUUCUGUGAUUGGACAAGACGGAGUGGAGACAGCCUUUGACCAGUUGCGUGAGUAUGUCCAAUCCAUUGUCAAGGAGACUUGAAUGAUCCUUUCAGAUUUGAUGUUGCUCAAGGGUACAGCUAGUAGAAUUGGGAAGUGAAAAUCAAACUGACCGUAAUGUUUCAACCGGAGUUCUGGUUAUAUAAAAUAUCAUUUCCAAAGAUGUAGAAAUAUAUUUGCAGAAUGUGGGGGUUGGCAGAUGUACUGUAAAAAGCUGUCAACAAAAAAAACUCAUUCAUUAGCAUUUCACAGCCUUGCUAGUAGUACAGCUGUCUAUCCCCAUGUGUUCACUGUUUAGGGUUAAUUAGUUUGUAGAUUUUCAUAAAAAAUACCCUCUUCUGUUUCGAGGCUCUGGCUUUGAGCCUAAACCAGUCAGGGUAACUGUCAGCCUAGAACUUGCCUUGAUGUUGGUACUUGCGUUAUAAAUAGUUUUAUUUAAAAGUUCUCAUUGGUAUUUGAGUAUUGUGCUGGUAACUUUUUGCUUGUUUUUGUUUACAAUAUUCAGUCCCAACGUGUAUAGGCCGUGCAGCCUUCCAAGUGCGAUAAGAAUGUUGUUUGUUAAUAUGCGAUUCUAAAAGUCGUAAUAAUUCACAUAUAUUUGACCAUAUCAAGGUCUUUUUUUUAUUUUUAUUUUUUUAUAUGAAAGACAUUUAUAAGAAUUUAUUAAUUGACCCGUCAAGUAUGAUACACUGUUUUAGAGCUGUUGUAUAGUCCUAUACAAAAACACUACAGUGUGAUGUGUAUUAAAUACAAUAAAAGUGUAAUUGCUGCUGUGAUCACCUGUGGAAUACUCACACAAUCUUGUCUAAUUAGAGACACACAAUAAAGCAGGAUGAAAGUACGUACCAAACAUGCACAAAACAAGAUCACAGGAAUAUUUUGCUCAGGAUGCCUGUGUAAAUCAAAAAGGGACUUUUUAACAAAUGUGAAUGCACUCACAUUUUCCUGAGCCCAUAAAAAUGGCUCAAGUUAAAGUUGAAUUCCCAAGGAUUUCAUUUUGAAUUGAGACAAUUUGAUUAUUUUCCUAUUAUUAGAGCAAAAUAAAAAGAAAACCAGAGGCCACAAUACAUUAUCAUUUUAUAUAAUCCGUCCACAUAAGUCUGCAUCAUAUCACCAGUCAGUACCUACAUGUGAUUCAGGAAUGGCUUUCUGAAAGAGGAUACACCUUAAAGAACAACAGUCACCUCAAACCUUUUUUUAAAUAUAGUAAUCCUUAAAUCUAAUGUAGAAAAUAUAUAUAUAUUUUUAAAACUUUUUUUUUUAAUGAAGUAUAUGUGAAAAAAACAUCUCUAUGUUUAGUAUAUGACCCGAUACUACAGCCAUACACAUGCACCUUGGGCCAGACAGUGUUUGUGCAGUGAGUGAAGCAGGGAAAACUAUAGACUGUUGGUUUUCACUGUCUGACCCAAGCUGCAUGUAUGUGAUUUGGUUUAGCUAUUUAUUUGUUAAAAAAAUAAAAAAAUAAAUGAAAAUGUAUAAAGUAUAGCCAGUGAAAUGACAGGAUUUAGUCGAUUAGAGUUUGCAAACUUGAACCAGAGAACCCUUCAAGAGCUCCCCUCCCAAGAGGUCUAACCAUAUUGUUCUAUACAAAAUACAGAAAUUUAGGAGCUACAGGUUAUAUUUUUAUAGCAGUGACUUGAGUUUUAUCACUCCCUAGAUAUAUGUAGCAGAACAUUACUUAUUCUCAAAUUGUGUUUCUGUGUAGGUGACAUUUUCAUCCAGCAGACUCAGGAUAAACAUAACCCAUUGAUUUAUGGGGUCUUCACUACAUUAGGGUGAGAAAAUAGCCGAAUAUCAAUGUUUAUGUCAUUGUUCUAUUUCUGCUGUCUUUCACUUUUCCCUUUGUUUGUCUUAGUCAUGUGAGUGGCCUUUCUCAAGUGUCCUUGAUUUGCCUCACUUCCUUUAACGUUUCAGUUGUUGAUCUUGUUAGUUUGUGAAUUUGAAGUCUCUGUGCUUGUCUGUCUUGCGGUUUCCCUAUUGUCUGAUAUAUUUCUGUAGCCCUGCAGUGUGCGUUAUUGCUGUUCCUAAUGUAUCUGUCUCUGUGUCUGUCUCUUAGUUCAGUGUUCCGGGGCUCUGCCGUCUGUGUUUACUCUCUUGCUGACAUCCGUGCUGUGUUUAAUGGGCCAUUCGCUCACAAGGAGGGACAUGGGUACCAGAUGACUUCAUAUUCGGGGAAAACACCGUUUCCCCGCCCCGGAGCGGUGAGCCACAUGACCAUCUUACUUAAGAAACAGAAAGGGAGUUUUAGAGUGAUAUGUUGAUCAGUUCCUACACAAACAGACACCAAAUAGUUGCUCCCUAGCUAAUUAUUUUUAGAACCCCCUAACCCCCCACCCCCCACAUGAGCUAAUGCUGUUAUUUGUAGAAAUAGUAACACUAACUCCAAAUUUGAAGCUAAAAAAAGCACCUUUUACUUUGUAAAAAAAUUAUUUUUAACGUAUUCACUGCAGAAUUAUCCAACAAUGUUAUAAAGGGGAACCGUCACUUCUCUGGAAAUUACACAAUAGAAAAACCAUUGGAAAUCACCUAUUUCUCAUGUGCUGCUCAAUCAAAUUUGUAUUAAAGAUUUAGCAAUUGACAGUCCAAUCACAGUCCAGUUCAGCCUAGGCACUGCUACAGAAACAAUGGAGGAGAAUUCUCAAAGUAUCUGGCCCUUUUACUUUUCUAUUUGGAGGAUGUAUAUCUAUCUCCAUAUAGAAAUGUGUAUAUAUUUGUUAAAUUUUUGGACUCUUUUUUUUUUUUUUUUUCUUCAAGUGUUGAUUAAUUUGUGUCCUAUCAAUUUUUAAUAAAUACCUUUAUUGGCGAUGCAAUGAUUUUAUCAAUCUUUCCACCACAUUUUCUGACAGAAAGGUGUUCUUUUUUAAUUCUCCUUUUUUGCCACUCUAAAUUUGCCUUCUGAAAUUGAAAUUUCUGUGAAGACUGCUAAAUUUUUACCAUAACGCAAACAGUCCCUUUUUAUAUUAUUUUUAGAACACUUUAAUAAAUGACAUCAAAAUAAUGAUGUGAUUUAAAGAGACACUCCACUGCCCAAAUACAAAAUAAACACUGUUUGGUAAAUAUACCCCAAAUAAAAACUUGCGUGUAUUUAAUUAUGUUUUUUUUUCAUUGAAGUUAUUUAUAAAAACAGCUUGCAAAACCUGCAGUUCUCAACCCUGCUGUCUUUGCAAGACCUCCCCUUCUAACCCCAGGGAGGCUUUUCCCACUAUUGCACUAUUUCCAAAAUGAAAAAAGAGGACAAACUCUUCACACACAAAGCUUUUCAGCAAGCUAAAGUACUUUAAGGGUCUGUAGUGUUCUUUUACCUGCCACUUUGAUAAAUGUCUUCCAUUGUGUUUUUAUUUUGCCUCCACUUACUUAUGUUCAAUGGCAUAAAAAGGCAGAGCUCAUAACCAGGAUUGACCGGGAGCCAGGGUGGAAACUCUGGGUUAAGGGAUAACAUUGAAUACAGCAGUGAGGAUUUUCAAUUUUUAUUUUGGUUUCCAAUCACCACAAACACAUAUUUUGUUAAAUUUAGAAUGUACAUAAACAUAGUUUUAUUCAUAGGAAGUGACCGUUUCACUGUAAAAUAACACCUGCAUUUGGGUUCCUAUUUAUAGAAAUUCCAGUUGGGGGGGGGGGGUGGUGUGUGUGUGUAUAUAUAUAUCUCUAUCUGAGUGGAAAUAAAGUCUAACUUAGGACAAAAAUAUCCACUUUUUUACCUUUCAAAAAUGUAUUAUUUGUACUUCAUUGUUUCUUAUCAGACACCCGCUCUAAAAACAUCCAUUUUUGUUUCUUCUCUAUUUUUUUCCCAGUUUAAUUUGUUUUUACUCUAAUCUUCCCUUUUGCAUUGCAGUGUGCAGGCGGCUUCUCUGUUCCAGGAAUUCGCUCCAGUAAACACUUUGGGGAGGAUGUGCUGAGGUUUGUGCGCACUCACCCUCUAAUGUACAGCUCUGUGUACCCUGUGAAUCGCAGACCCCUUCUCUUGCUCUCCGAUGCUACGUACACCUACACCAGCAUUGCUGUGGACUCCGUGCCUGCUGCUGAUGGGGAAUAUACAGUUCUUUUCUUGGGCACGGGUAAGGGAUAAAAGCCACCUUUUAAAGAUUACACAUAACAUUUUUCAUCAUUGUAAUGUGUUUAAUGAUUACCCAAAGCAUCCGUUACCUUUUUGUGCAUGUGCAGUCUGUUGGGUGACCAUGAAAAUUAAGCAUCUCACCUUCUUUUGUUCCUUAGAUCGUGGUACCAUCCAGAAGGUAAUGAUCCUGCCACGUGCCACUGAAGAGACAGAAGGGCUUAUCCUGGAAGAAGUGGAGGUUUUCAGAGUAAGAGAAACUUUCUAUCUGUGCAUAUUUAUAUACUGGUGCUUAAUCUGACCUCUAAAUAGACAACAUUUAGAGAAGUUCACAAUAUAUUCGGAAGCAAUGCAGCCAGUUUUAUUAUUACCCAAAAGUGUGUAUUUUGCAAUGAUGUGGGGCUGUUAAAAUCCACCAAUCUUUUGUCACUUUAAUUUCUAAAAGCAACAUUUUAUGUUCUCAUGAGGGCAGGGCUUAGGCAGAUACUUUGACUUUGUGACUGUCGUGAUAUGGGUUCCGUCCUGAAGGGGUUAAAUGCCAUUGGAAUUUUGAGCAAAAGGAUUUGGCAAAUAUAUGUACUUAAGGACACAAGAAAUUUCCAUCUUUCCCAAUUUAUUGUACCAACAUAUAUGCAGUGUUUUUUGUUUUUUUUUAGUUCUUUAUUUUUUGAUGUGCAGGUGAGUACAUUGCAAGAUCAAAUGCCACAUCGGCGUACACGUUUUUUUUACAAGACACACAGUGGCAUGAGUAGAAGCACGGUUUAUAUUAUGAUGCAUAAACAAGCGUGGCGUAGUUUACAUGUAUCAGGUUAAGUGCAAGCUGGGUACAUAUAUCUAAUGUGGUGUGUCAUGUUUGGGUCUGAAAGCUUGAGACAGUAAACAACAACCUCUGCUCAAGUGAGUAGAUGUGUGCUUUUAAGGGCUCUAAGGACACGACUGAGCAUCCGCAGUGCUACCGCAUUAACUGAAUGUUGACCAGGUGCUUAAGUUUCAGGCGUAGUCAAACUUGAAGAAAGAGUACAAACUAUAAUAACAAUGCAAACAAUGUCAUGACACGACUAGGCUGCACACCUUUCUAACUAGACAUGAGGACUAUGAGGUGACUACGUGCGCUCAGUAGUAAAUGUAUAUGGGCUGCUGAGAGUUAAGCUCUUUUUUUUCUUCCUUCCCUUUUCCCCUCCUUCCUUCCCUUGCUGUAUAUAAUUCAACAUUUAUAAUGGCAACAAAUGCAAUGCAUAAGACAGCGUAUUAAUGGUAAACUAACUCGAGUUUGUCAUGGCACGUAAGAUCUGAUGCACAGCUAAGUAAUUGUGUGAGAAGAAAGUUAACAAUAGGAAAAAAAAAGUAAAAGCCUGAGCCCGCAAAGACUUUUAAACUUCAUCUAGUGGUCAAGAUAUGUGGGUAACUCUGCCUUGUAUCACUAGCUAGACUGCUGGGUCUAGGUUGAUGGGUCUGUGCCUUGCUGGUCAGCAGGAAACCGCUCCCGCUUUUUUGUCGAGGGUGGGCUCCGGGCCUUGGUAGCGCUUGUCCGGCGGUUGCUGAGGCUGUGGGUUAGUGGGUACUGGGUUGUUUCAUGCAGGCGUUCAGUGCCUGCGUGGAAUUCAGGAGGGUAACAUCCCCUUGGAGGCCUGAAGUGCCCGUGUGAGCCUGGGCUGCGUUUUGGCGACCAGUCGGGGCCUUGAGAGCUUCGGUCUUAUUAUCCCUAAUCCUAAAACCAACUCAAUUCCUUACUAAAAACCUCACCCUAAUCCUAGCCGAACCCUAAUCCUAUAUAUAACCCGAAUACUAACUUUAUUAGUAGUCCUAACUCUAGCAAUAGUGUAAGGAUUGCCUCUGCUGUCAAGACUAGUUUUUAAAUCUACUUCUAAACCUAAACCUUAUACUAAUCCUAAACGUAAUAACAAUCCUUAACCCCUUAAGGACACAUGACAUGUGUGACAUGUCAUGAUUCCCUUUUAUUCCAGAAGUUUGGUCCUUAAGGGGUUAAUCUAAUCCCAAGGUUUUUUUUUUUCUCUGCUAAUAUCAGUACUGAUAAGAGCAAAGGGAAUUCUAAGCUAAAACAAUAGUGGUAUGUUGCACCAUCUACUGACUGUAUUCAGCAUUGCAGAUAACUGUCAUACUGAAAAAAGCAAUGCCAUUACACUGUGAUAGGUGCUGGGCAACUGACAAAGCCCAUCACUAAUCCAAAUGGCAAUGGGACAUGCAGGGAGACCCUGUCGAGUCUAUUCAGACCAUGUUGGUCUCCCACACAUAAGCUGUUACAGUGAAUCACUGUGGCUGAGCUUGAUCACUCACCCAAGGUUUUUCUCAAUGCAUUUAAAUGGCCAUAUGCAGUGCUCACAUUGAGGGAAGGGGGGCCCUCCGGUCCACUCGGAGACCUGGCCAGCGGGGGCUUCGCAACUUAGACACAUGGAGUGCAAUGCCAAUGGGCACGACAUCGACGGGACUUUGGAAUUGGGAAAAGGCCCGGGGUGGAGCAAAGAUAGGGUGGAAGAGAGAGCCUACAUGGGUGGCGAGACCCGCACGCAAAUGGAGGGAGGGACAUUCAAAUCACUCAACUGCACCUAUAUAAACUCAUCUUUCUAGGGAUGGGCGAGGGCACGGCAACAGAAAGCUUCCUAACAGAUCUAGGAGGCAGGCACUGCAUGUCAGUUUGACCAUUAACAGUUCAUCUCAUACCUAAUGGAGCCAGGUUGUUUACACAGAGGCUCCAUUAAGUAUGUACAUGUUGUUCUUUAUAUGUUAAUUUGUACCAUGUUUUUACGUUGACACCACAAAACCAUACAAAUCCUUUGGCGAGGAUACCUGCCACAUACUUUAAUUUUGAGCCGCUCAGUGAAGACUUGGGCCAUAUAACAUAUGUUACCAUCAUGUGUAAUCAUAGUUUCUGUAUUAUUCAUGGUGUCUUCUAUAUUUCUAUUUUGAGCCGCUCAGGGGAGAUAUGGGCCUCUGACUGAGGCAGGCUUUACUAGAAAGGCAGUGACCACAGGACGACCUGAUUGGGAGCGGACCAUGGUGGCCAUGGCUCACUUGGAGGUUCCUGACUUCCUUCUAUUCCCCCUCAGGACUAAGAGUCAUACUCAGGUGGGCAGGACCAUAAAAGCAAACCAUAAAAAAAUCACACCUCCUAAUUUCACGAUAGUCUCUAUUCACACUAGAGGAUUAAAUUAACCAGAAAAAAGAUCAAAUGUCCUCCAGGGCCGCACUUUAAGGAAUCGGCUAGGCCCAAGAUGCACGACCAUCAUUACCCCACAGGAUACAACAGUGACUAUCACGGGAGCAGAGCCAGAAGCACGGCGAUCCUAAUCCACAAAAGGGUACCCUUGCUGGUGGGGGAGGUCCAGACGGACAGGGAGGGAAGGUACAUAUUCCUGAAGGGGACGAUUGCGGGGAAGACAUACACAUUUGCUAACAUAUAUGCCCCUAAAAAGAGACACUACAGAUUCCUAUUACGAACUCUACAUAAGCUGAGAAAAUUUGCGGAGGUUCUGGUCCUAGGGGGAGACUUUAAUCUUACGCUAGACCCGAGAUGGGACUCCUCCUCAGGCACCUCCCACGUCCCGACCCAACACACAUCCAUGUUUCAAUCACUAUUAUCUACAAGCAAGCUCGUGGAUUGCUGGAGAGCCCACCACCCUGACGAAAGGGACUAUACAUUCUUCUCUCACCCACAUAACAUGUACACUGAAUAGAUUUCUUCAUGUCACAUUAUAAUCUCCCCCUCGUCCUACAAGCCGAGCACAGCAUGUCAACAUGGUCUGACCAUGCUUCGGUGACAGUCACACUCUCUGUCCUCUAUUCAGGCCUAAGGUAGACAAAUGGCGACUCAAUGAACAUAUACUGCAUGGCGACAUGGUCUGACCAUGCUCCGGUGACAAUCACACUCUCUCCCCUCUAUACAGGCCUAAGGUAGCAAAAUGGCAACUAAGUGAACAUAUACUCUCCCUACCGGAUGUAAAACCGGAAAUAGGGACGGUCCUCGAGGAAUAUUUCACAAUCAAUACACCAAUCAAUACACCAACACAAACAACCCCGACAAUACUCUGAGAGGCACACAAAAGUGUAGUAAGGGGCCACUUUCUGCAAAAGAGCGCCAUAAUGAAAAAACAGAGAGAGGCAGACAUGACCACCAUAUUAUCAGAAAUCUAAGAGUUAGAUGCCCUAUAUAAAGACAAACUAUCCACGCCCCAAGAAAGACUCCUAAAAACUACGGCGGGAACUGACCCAACUGCUCCAGACCAGAUACCACAGAGACGCAUUGAGGCACAAGGUGUUCUUCUCCUUACACGGGAAUAAGAGCAGCAGACUGUUGGAAAGGAUGCUGGUUAAACGUAGACAGAUGACUUAUAUUGACUGCAUAAGAGAUAACAAGAAUACCCUACAACGACUACCCUCCGUUUCAGGAGGUGAUACGAUGCUAUUAGGCAGACCUAUACUCCCUACCGUGACAAGACACAUGCAGCAGACAAACUGCUGGACUCCAUCAAUAACUACCUCGCUGUACACAUGCUGCCCUAUCUCACACCUGAGGAACUGGCCAUGGCAGUAAAGCAAAUUAAACCUGGCAAUAGCCCGGGCACAGACGGCUUGCCACUGUCCUAUUACAAAUACUUUGCAGACAUACGCUACACACCGCUCUUGGCCACAUAUAACGCCAUUAGGGAGAACCACAGCUUUCCAAAGCAAUCCCUGAUCGCACAAAUCACCAUUCUCCCUAAAGAGUGCAAGAGCACUGUGGAAGCGAUCGACCUAUAUCUCUAAUAAUUUGCAAUCUCAAAUUAAUGGCCAAAAUCCUAGCCACCAGACUACAAAUUCACAUACCCACACUGGUGCACCCAGACCAGGUGGGGUUUGUGAUGGGGAGAGAGGCACGAGAGAACACCAUGCGUACCCUUACAUUGAUGCACGGAAGAGAGAGGCUGCGGAGGCCUUCUCCUCCUAUCUACAGACGCGAAGCACCACCCAGGGCCAUGGGGGGAGAGAGAGACUGCUCCUCAUACAGAAGAGCCACCUUAUGGGUAUGGCAUCUUACCAUGGGAAAACACGGAGAAGGCCUUUGACAGGGUUUGUUGGAAAUAUUUAUUCUGGACUCUAGCACACGUCAAUUUGGGCCUCAAGAUGCUGGGAUGGAUUGAGGCUUUAUAAAUGCAACCCACCUCCCAGGUGGUGGUUAAUGGGGCGCUGACUGCCGAGUUUCUCUUAAAACCCCACAGUCAAGCUAGGUCUUUAAUCUGUAUAUUCACUAAAGGGCACCCAUCAUCUGAAAUCCAGCAACCUCAGGGCAACCAACACAUAGUUUUGUAAAGAUUGACACUUACAUAACAUUCACUCGUGAAGGUUGUGGAAUCUGAGGCAUUAAGUACACCAGAUAUAUGAUGGUUAAUGAAACAGCUGUCUCAUUGAAAUAUUACAAUGUGUAACUGCCAACAAUGUUUGAAUUGUGGGCAUAAUUGCAGCUUAUGUUAAACCUUGCUGCCGUGGAGUUUAUCUAUGAGCUUAUAUAUAGAAUGACUUUCUUGUUUGUCCCUUUCCUUGUUUCUAUAUGUUUGAGCAUUUUGCAGCUUAAAAUAUAACUGGUAGGGACUUCUUUAAGAGACUCAUUCUUCAUUUUAGCUCCUUUCCUCUUCCCAACCCCCCCCCCCCCCCCCCCCCCACUAUCAAUCGUGGAUAUAAAACACUGAGGUGGACAUAGAGAGGGAGGAGUUGAGGGCGGAAUGGCAUUAUGAAUGCAUUGCCCCCACAGCUGGACGGUCACACGUCCACCUUCUACUAUGGAGUUGAGCCAGGAUGAGGAUGGGAGGAUGCGAUCAAUAGGAGGGGAGGCGUUAGGAGUGGUCAGUGUGAUCGUCACCGCCCAGCACAGUCCGCAUCUGUACACCUGAUUGCAGUUUCACAGAAUCACGAGGCAAGCGGGUGAUUGGCCCGUUGUGAUAUUUAUACCCUCUCCAUAUGGAGGUAAGGUUAUCCCCUGACAAAGGUGCAGUGAUAUGCACUGAAACGCGCGUCGGGUUCUGUUCUUUUUCUCACAUACUUUUUUAUUUGCACUAUGGAGGCACAGGGUGGUUUAACACAUUUUUGUUGUUUUUUUGUUUAGACAUUUUUGUUUGGGGAAAUGUCUAGAGGGUUAAUGACUCUGCAUGAUGAUGGUUAGGGACAGCGUUAGAACACCCAUGAAGGUGUUUGUUUAGGAGCAUCAGGGAUAUUACCCAGGUAUGUAGACUGACUGACCGCAGAUCAGCUCAAUUGAAAUUUAAGUUCCUGCUCUCUUUUUGCCUUUUAGCUGUCCUGUAAGCUGUCUUUUUAUCCAGCCCUAUUACAGCCAUAUGUCUAGGAGCUGAGCUUGUGAAUUUACUCUUUACCCUCCAGACUUUUGAGUAUCAACUCUUUUCACCAUUUAGGCAAUACUCCCACUGGAGCUUCAGAGCCCGUCUUUGUGACUAGGUAUUGCAUUUGUAGUAUUGCCCUUGGGUUUAUUUACCCAUGCCAGGGAGAAGAAUUGAUAUUUGUUUGCUGCUCUAUGGCUUUGAAUUGGCAUUGUCUCCAGAAGUAUACUUUUUAUCGUGUACAUUAAUAAAGUAGCUGUUUUCAGAUACGAUUGGAGACUUUUUACUGAGUAGCAGAGUUUGUCCCUCCCCUCUCAUCUUUGUCUUAUCCCACUGAUUAACAGGUUGCAUUUAUUCUGCUAUUUGCUAUUUACUUUUCCCCUUAUCUAAAAAAACAGCAGAGAGUCCCCCCCUCUUGCUUUGGGGUGACCCUCUUGGAUCUGGUACCACCAUACUGACCACUGUGUGUGGUUCUCAACUUUGUUUGGGGUUCACACAGUAAUUUGUAUUCAUAAGGCCUGCCAUCUCCUGCAGAUAAUGGAGUGGUCCAAACAAAAGGUACACAAACCAAGGAAACAGGCAGAGGAGAGCGAAGCGGGCAUCCCCAUUGCUUUGCUGCCAUGGCUUAAUAUACUCUUUACUACUGACACAUACACCUACUGAACAGUCAAGCUUCAUGGGGAAAUGGGAGACAGUCCUUGACUGCACAUUUGACAAGGCAGAGUGGGAAAUUUUUUUACCUCACACACCCUUGUUCCAGCUUUAGCAAAACACAGGAGACCGCAUACAAACUGUUAACCUUUUGGUACCAUGCUCUCUCAACACUACACAAGAUCACCCUGGACCACUCCCUAUUAUGCUGGAUAUGUGUGAUGGGGAGAGGCACACUACUCCACAUAUGGUGGGAAUGCAAGAAGAUCCUCCCAUUCUGGAAGGGGAUAUAUAAAAUGCUAGUUAUUCACGGAAAGUCCACCCCCCUUCAAACCCUCAGAAAUGCUUCUACAUCACACCAAGGCCACUAGGACCCUCUCUAAGAAAUCUAUCAGGAUCCUCAUCCUGAAUAUUGCCAAAUUAAUAAUCCCACAACACUGGAAAUAACCGGUAACUCCCCCACUGAGGUCAUGGUUCUCCCAAAGGGAGGAGCGAAGAUCAAUGGAGGACCUACACACCAAUUCUAUUUAAACACUUGGACAUAAUGGCUGCUGACAACGAAACCAGACUUUGCUGACAAACUACAGUACUGAAUGACAUGGAAUGACCACGAAUUUAAUCACAACAAAGACGCAGCAAACGGACGACUCCCCAAGGGGCAAUGGUUUAAAAAUAUCAGGAGGUAUUACUUUACUGAGAGGAUAGUGGAUGCAUGGAAUAGCCUUCCAGCUGAACUGGUAGAGGUUAACACAGUAAAGGAGUUUAAGCAUGCGUAGGAUAGUGCCAGGGACUAAUAAACAUAUUUAGAAAAUUGGGCAGACUAGAUGGGCCGAAUGGUUCUUAUCUGCUGUCACAUUCUAUGUUUCUAUGUUUAAAUUUUUUUGAGUGUGUUUGCUUUUUCGUUUAUUUAUUUAUUUUUUUUUCACUAAAGUUUGAUAGUGCUUUAUAUCUGGUGUGCUAUACUAAAGCUCACUGGAAAAUAAAUAAACUGUGAACUUACCUUAUUCCAUGUUUUAUGACCUUUCCAUGCCUGAAAAUGAAAAGAGACACUGUGGAUGGGCCACUUGCGUUUUAACCUGCCAUAUAAGAUAUGUUACCAUCAUGUGUAAUCAUAGUCUCUGUAUUAUUCAUGGUGUCUUCUAUUUUUCCCUUUCUCUGACAGACGUCCUCUCCAAUCAAAAACAUCAAAAUAUCAUCAAAGAGGGUGAGUUAUGUGACAUUUUGCAUAAUGCACAAUUAGAUUUUACCGAUUCAGUCCAUCUUAAGUUGCCCAAUAAUUGAUCAUUUAAAAAAAAAUAAUAAUAAUAAAUCUAUAUAUAUAAAAAAUUUUUUGCUUGGUUUAAUCUUGGCAGCCAUCUGUGUCAUGGUGCAUGACAAAUUUUGGUCAUGCAGAUUUUUACGGAGACCUUAAUAUUUUCGCUCCAGAACCUUCAGCGAUUUUGAGCAUUAUAUUAGGACUUGGAUUCUAAGUCUAAGGAAGAAGAACGUGCAAAUGUUUCUAUAUGUACAUGUACCUUGUUAUGGGCUCUAUAAAUCCAUUUUUGUUCCAAGGAAUUAGGACCAUCCUGAGCUGUUCGAUAAACAUCUGUAUAACUAAAACUUGUCAUGUGCCAUGGCACAAAGAUAGCUGCCAUAAUUAGACCACCUUCGGGUAAAGCAGUGCUAGCCACAGCUACGGGAAUGUUAACAGAUGUCACAAAGGCUCUACAAUCUGAUACCUGUUUUACCAUACUUUGAAAUAUGUUCUACUGGUAUUUUACACCUGGGUGGUUAUUUACUAAAUACGGACUUAUGGAAAAUUCGUUAUGGAUGGGCAGACUUUUCCUUUAGUUUCCUUUGCAAAAGAUGUAAACCCAUAGCUAUAUGUAAUCGAUUUAAAGCCCAGUAUGUGUCAUGUUGUGAUAAUACUGAUAGUGUGGACUAACCUGCUCUCUUCCUGUUUGUAGCACCAGCUGUAUGUGUCAUCAGAUGUGGGCGUUACCCAACUGUCUCUUCACCGCUGCUCUGGCUACGGAGACUCCUGUGCAGACUGCUGCCUUGCUCGAGACCCCUACUGUGCUUGGGAUGGAAAGGCCUGUGCACGAUAUACCCCUUCACCUACAAGGUAAACGAUGGAAUACAUUCUCAUAAUGAACUGAAUCUCAAAAGUUAAUGUCCUUACAAAGCUUAAAUCUAGAAGGUCAAAGUCAGAAUGUCAGUGAUGUUUAUUCAUAUUGUGAGAACUUUACUCCGCUUCUUAGGUAAAUUAAUUACAUCAGUUGCUGGAUGAGUAUGUAAAACUUUAUGCCAAUCUAAAUUCCCAUCCAAACUCCAUGAAUGGUCUAACAGGGGCUGUUCAACCUAAAAUGUUUUACCUAUCUCCAGUUUAGUGAAUAAGUCAAUAAGUUCGCCUACAUAUAAAUUUUUCUGCUUCACUAUAUUGCAUUAAAACUUGACAUUUCUGCUUCGUUCCGAACAAUUUAGGAAUAGUGAACUUAAAAUUGAAUCGCACCAUUAAGGCUAAAUAUGCAUGCUGUAACUAUAGCUGAAUUGUAGAAUUUUUGUAAAUCAGCUCUUUUUUACCUACAUUUUGCAGUUUGAUUUUGAAUUCACUACAAUUCCAUGUUUAAUACGUAAACCUGUCCGUGUUAGAAGAGAGAGAUCCUUGGAUUGAUACAGGAGGACUGUGUAUUUCAAAGUAAUGCAAAAUGCUGUUUUACACACCUGAACGUUAAUACCGUUAAAUGCAGUACUGAAUAAAAUCAAAGCCAAUACACAAGAAAUCAACGUGUAGGUUGAAAUAGCUGAACUGACAAUUCAUAUUGUAGUGAAUAGCCCCAUUUCUUUCUUGAUAAAUAAAAUAUCUUGGAAAUAAAGACUGGUAUAUUGAAAAAGGUAAGCUUACUGCAUCUACUCUUUUUACUUCGAUUUUUGUAAUUUAUCUUUGCUUUCAGGAGAAGUCGUCGGCAAGAUGUAAAAAAUGGAGAUCCCCAUAGACAGUGCAGAGGAUAUAACACACAAAGUAAGUGUGCAGAUGGUAGAGUGGGUACUUCGUGAGAUGGAGGGAAGUGUCCAACGGUUUCAUGCUUUUGUUUUGUAGUGGAUCGAGGUGUCACAGAACGGAUGCAGAUCGGGGUGGAGGGCGGGAGUGUAUUCCUUCAGUGUGAUACACACUCUCCACUUGAAAGUGUCACUUGGCUCCUGCAGAGAGAAGGCACACAGCACAGAAAAGAGGUUUGUAAUUGGUGGAUAAGAUGAUAAAAUGUAGGAAGCGAAACAGUGUUAAAAUCAUUACAUUGUAUUAAGUAAGUUAUAUUAAUAGAGAACAAUUUGUGGCGGUGUUUCUAUUUCACGUCAAUAGCUCAAUGAAACUGAGGGGUGUAGGUGUGAAGAGAGUGGUCAUGGGGGAUAAUGGUGGGUGGUGAAGAGAUCCAUGGUCACUGUAGGUAUCUGUUGAAGUAAUAGCUUGGUGUGUUCAUUCCACUGUGCCCAUAAGUUUCAGGUUUCAAGAGAGAGGCAGUCAUGAUUUGGAAGUGUAGUGUAAAGGUUGUUUUUCAGUGUUUGGCGAUGACUUUCUUUGCAGCAGUAAGGAUAUGCAGGAUUAGGUGUUUGUUGGAGGGUCUAGGAGAAGACAUUGUGCAGUGUGAGGGAGUGCCAAACUGGUGACUGGUGCAAAAGCGAUCCAGAAGGGUUUUAGAGUGGGGCCACUUCAAAAAUAUGUGCAUUUAGAGACUCCUAGCAUGUUAGUGGCUGCUCUCAUCCAGUCUUCUUAGUGAAUUAUUAACUGGAUGUCUUUAUCCCAUUGCUCUAUGUGCAUUGGAGCUUGACGAGUAGCAGAUAGAAUCUUAACAGCAGAUGCUAGACCCAGACAGCUCUUUUGGAGUAUAGUGGGGGUGGAUUAAUCUAUGGUUGGGCCUAGUGGGUCUGCAGGACAUUUUUAAAGGGACACUAUAGGCAUCCAGACCACUUCAUCUCAUUUAAGUGGUCUGGGUUCACUUUCCCCUGAAUGUUGGGAACUCACAGACCUCUUUUCUUUAGAUAAGUACGGAGAAGAUGGUGGUUUACUCAAUGGAGCCACAUUUUUCAUUUAAAAGAGAACAUUUGGGUUUGGAAUAGUUUCAGUAAAGAGGUUGGGAGAUGUUGGAAGUGUACGAAAUAGAUAUUGGAGUAAAGGAAGGGCAAACAUGUUAAUAGAGUUUAUUCUCCCUAGCCAGGAAAGCUCCACUUUUUCCCAUUGUACAUAUAGGUUUUUCUAGUUGGUUAAUUAGUGAGUUAUAUAUUUUUUUUUUUUGUUGUAAAUAUAUUUUUAUUGUCAUUGUUUUCUCACGGUGAGACUCGCAGGUCUCUUCAAGCAUAGUAUAACUUAAAGCACAACAUGUGCCAGAACAGGUCUGGAAACAGGUAAAUAUUCGGGCUCGCAGGCCCACUUUAAUGACAGACUCGCAGGUCCCUGUUCAGCAUUACAAUGGUUAGGUAUCUUUUGUGUAAUAUGUGAGAAGGAGGGGGGGGGUGGCAGGGGUAUGCGGGGGAGAGGGUUGAAGAGGGGAGUGUGGGAGGCUGCAGGUGGCACAGGGGGUGGGUGGUGUAGGCUGUCGGGGUCAUUUGCGUGCGUCCGUUCAGUCAGGUGAGGCUUCUGUGUCAAGUCGGGCAGUAAAGUCUGCCUGUAUGGUGGUCACAAUCCAGUGUGUCCAGGUUUCCAUGUAUCUUUCAGUGGUGUUAGUCGUCCCUGAGUGUAACUCUUCUAUCGCCCUGAACUCUUCCAUUUGAGUGAACCAUGUCCUGAGAGGAGGGGUCUUAUCUUGUCUCCAGUAUUGGGGUAUAACCUGUUUGGCCACAUUGAGGAUUCUAAUAGUCAUGUACUUCUUAUAUCGGGAUCUGGGUACGGUCGUGUGGUGUAGGAGCAUUGUUGCUGGCUCCAAUGGUGGUGGUGCUUCUGAAAAUUUUCCUAGGAUUCUGUGGAUGCCCGUCCAGAAUGGUCUAAUUCUGUGGCAUUCCCACCAUAGGUGUAGUAUGGUGCCCUUUGCCUCCCUGCAUCUCCAGCAUAAGUCGGGGCGUGAGGGGUCUAUUGCAUGCAGUAUACUCGGGGUGCGGUACCAGUGGCUCAGCAGCUUAAAUGCUGUCUCUUGUGUCUUUGUGAAGGUAGAGCAGUGGUGUGUGAGGUAGCAUAUUUUUUCCCAUUCUGUCUCGGUAAAAGUCCUCCCCAGUGCGGUUUCCCACUUGCCCUUAAAGGCAGGAGUCUCUGUUGGGGUCUCCCUUUGUAGUAGUGAAUAUAGGCAUGAAAUGCUGUGGGGUAGGGGGUCUGGGUGCAUACAGCAUUCUUCGAAGGUAGUUGGGUUCCUAGCAUGGGCUCGUCCCCCGGGGAGGGAGUCUAUAUAAUUCGAUAGUUGCUUGUAUUUAAAGGAUUGUAGGAAUGUAGGGGGUACGUUCUCUAUCAGGUCAGAGAGUGCCUUCCGGCCCGAGUGCGUGUAGAUGUGGUGUAGUCUGGGGAUGGAUGUAUAGAUGAUGUCCCUAAAAGCGUUUGGGUCGAGGCCGGGGGAGAAGUCUUGAUUGUGUGUUAGGGGUAGCAGGGGUGAUGGGUGUUGGGUUAGUCCGUGUGUCCGAGACGCUCUAUGCCACACACGUAAAGUGUGCUGUGCUAAAGAGGAGCAGUCCCGGCCGAGCCCCCUCCCGGAGCACCACGGCAAGACCGAGACUGGUCCCGUCAUCUCCGUCUCCUCCACUGCUUAUGUACAUUUGAUUUGGUCCAUUCCAUUACUCUCUGUAAGUGCCCUGCCGUGUAAUAUAAGUAGAAGUCUGGGAUGGCUAGCCCUCCCCUCUCCUUAGGUUGUGUGAGGGCUUGGAACUUAAUCCGUGGUCUUUUCCCAUUCCAUAUGUAGCUAGCUGUCAUCGAGCGCAAAGUGGUAAAGAAAGUUUUGGGGAUUGUUAUGGGGAGCGUUUGAAAUAAAUAGAGUAGGCAUGGGAGGAGGUUAAUUUUAAUAACCUGGAUUCCUCCCAGCCACGAUAUAUGUGGGUAGGAACAGUCUGUUAGUUCUUUUCUGAACAUAUUUAGCAUGGGGGUGAAGUUUUCCCUGUAAAGGUCUCCCUUUUGUUUGGUCAGCCAUGUACCCAGGUAGCGUAUUUUACUUUCUGCCCACUGAAAUGAGAAACUUGCUCUUAGUGGGGAGGCUCGGCCGCGGGGCAGAUCAGCGUUCAGGAUAUAGGAUUUGGAGUAAUUUAUUUUUAGGUUGGAGAUGAUUCCGAAUGUUUUAAAGGCUUGAAGGAUGUUGGGGAGGGAGAUUUCUGGUCGUGAAACGAAAAAGAGGAGGUUGUCCGCGUAGGCGGCCACUUUGUGGUGUGUGUCCCCUGCCUGAAUGCCGAUGAUGUCGUGGUGCUGUCUAAUUGCAGUCAGGAAGGGUUCAAAGGCAAGCGGGUGCCAUUGAGUAUGGGGAAACUCUGUCAGUGCCCCGUUCACUAUCACGUGUGCCAUGGGUCCAUCGUACAUGGCCUCGACCCAUCUGCGCACGUGGGGUCCGAGUCCCACGUGGGCAAGGAUCUGGAACAGGUACUCCCAUCUCACCCUGUCAAAGGCCUUCUCUGCAUCUGUGGACAGCAGAAGGCGGCCCUCUGUGUCUUUUUUCUUGUUGUACAUGAGGGCAAGGGCCCCGUAUGGUGUUAUCCCUUGCCUCGCGGUUUGCCACGAACCCGACUUGGUCUGGGUGGACCAGUGUGGGGAUAUGCGGCUGUAGGCGCAUGGCCAAGAUCUUCGCAAGCAGUUUGAUAUCGCAAUUGAUAAGGGAAAUGGGUCUGUAAUUCCCACAGUGCUCCACGUCCUUGCCCUCUUUAGGAAUGAUGGUUAUGUGCGCUGUCAACGCCUGCUUGGGGAAGCGGUGGCCCUCUCUCACUGCGUUAAACGAGGCCAGCAUCGGUUGGUAUAGUUUGUCUGCGAAGCGUUUGUAAUAGCAGAGUGGCAGGUGCUAGUUCCUCCAUUGUGAUGGGCUCAUCUAGUUGGUCUGCGAUCUGUUUAUCUAAUGUGGGUAGUUUGUGUGUUAGCAUGUAUUGCUGGAUGGAGUUUCUUAGGUGAGUAGUUGCUGUUUCUGACAGAGGUUUGGGGAGCGAGUAUAACUCUGAGUAGUAGGCUCUCACUGUUUUCAGUAUCUCUGUUGGUAGGCGGCAUAGUGAGUCUUGUUUGUCUCUGUUUGCCGCUUUUGUUGCCAUGUAAGGAAAAGAAGGCCUUGUGUCUGAUCGCGUCCCUAUGGUGUUUAGAGUGGAGUAGUGAGGUCAGUUCACGUCGUAGCUGUAAUAGUCGUGUUUGGUGGGAUGGGUGUAGUGCUUGUUUAUGUAGCGUGUAUGUCCUCUAUAAGUUUGGUGAGUCAGGCGUCUUUGUUUUUUGAGUUCUGCUCCUUUUUGUAUGAAGUGCCCUCGUAUUACGCUCUUAUGUGCCUCCCACUUGAUCGUCGGGGAAUUGUCUUCGAGUGUAUUAUCUAGGAAAUAGUCCGUCAAGACCUUUCCGAAGUGUCACCUAGGUCCUGGCGUGACAGCGUGUAUUCAUUCAGUCUCCAUUUGGUUAUCGUAGGUCUGAGAAGUGGGGACCUAAGAGUGAGGGUGGUGGGGGCGUGGUCCGACCAGGUCGCCACUCUUAUGUCCGUGUCCCUUAUCAGGGGAAGGUGAUACUGCAUUGUGAGAAAGUAGUCUAUGCGGGUGUAUGUCUGGUGGGGGUGGGAGUAGAAAGUGAAGUCUCGCUUGUCUGGGUGGUGUGCUCUCCAACAGUCAACUAGUCUAUGUUUGGUCAGUAGGGAUUUGAUCGCGCUGAGAUGCUGUUUGGGGAUGUGUGAUGUACCUGCAGAACAGUUCCAGACCAGGUCCAUUGCUAUGUUUAAGUCGCCCCCUAUUAUGAGGACCCCUUCAGCGAAGGAGUGUAAUUUGUGUAGGUUACGUUUAAGAUAGCGUAGCGAAGGUGUAUAGGUGUUUGGCCACUGUGCCUUUUAUAAAGAGGUAUCUACCUUCUCGGUCCGUCAUGCUUGCCUUUUCUAUGAAUGGUACUUUUUUGUUGAUCAGUAUCGCCGCUCCUCUGGAUUUCCCCCCGUGGAAGUCGCUAUAGUACCCUAAUGGGAAGUGGUGGUUGGUCAGCUUGGGUCUGUCCCCUUCUCGAAAGUGGGUCUCCUGUAUCAUUACUAUUGAGGCCUUCCGUGCAUGGAAGUCCCUCAGUGCCCCUGUCCUUUUCUCUGGUUUGUUAAGCCCUUUGGCGUUUAUGGAAAGGAUGGUGAGGUCGCUCGGUAUCAGCGUCAUGCCAGUCGCUGUGUUGGUGCGUUAGGGUGGUCCUGUUAGUGUGUGUCAGGGGUCUGUCGGGUCGUCAGGUGGGUGGGGGGGUGGGGAAAGACAGGGGAACCGGGGUGGGGGGAGUGAGAGGUACACAGGGAGAGGAACUAUAUACAGAAAGAUCCUGUCACUCGAGAGUGACGGUUUAGGAACGAGCGUCAGAGGGCAAGGCCAGGCGGGGUCCGCUCGCCUCUCUACGGGCGCUUAAUCCUAUUGGGGAAAGCGGAGGAGGCCGGGAGUCCCCGCAUAGGCUCCGUCCAAGGGGUCCAGGGUCCCAGCAGUUCCGAUGCCGUUCGGUCCCGAACCUCUCUCGGAUCAGACCUCGCCCAAAGCCCUCGUCUCCCCUACAGCUUCAAGUAUUAUUAUUAUUAAGUGUGUAUUCUAUCCUCGUCCUGUUUUGUGGCGGCUGAAGGCCUCAAACGGGUAAAAUGUUUGGCUCCGCUGGGUGUCGGAGAGUUAUAUUUUUGGCCAAAUUAACUUCUAGGGAUUUCAGUGUGGUCUUUUGUCAUUCAAAUGGGUAGGUCUUUUGUCAUUCAAAUGGGUAGGUAUCCUGCACUGAGUUGACAAGAGGGAGAGGCCUACCGUGAGGGCAUUGGUUUUGGAGCUGUUGUUUUUAUAGUAUGACACAUAAGAUUCAGUGUAGUCAGCAGGGCUGUGUAGGAGGUAGUAGGGUUCAUAAGUGUGAGCAGAAUGUCAUCUGCAAACAAGGACAAUGUUUGUUUCAUAAGAGUGGGAAUCCCUGGGAUUAAGCGCUCUAGAGCCAGAAUUAAAAUUAGUUUUGAUAGGGCACAGCCCUGACUGGUUCCAUUGGAUAUGGGCAACGGGUCAGAGAUAAAGCCUGAGGUUAAAACUGGGGCAGAAGGGGCUGUGUAAACACUGGAAAUACUGUUUAGCAAUAUUUGGCAUACCCUCAUCGUUUAUAAUAAAAGAGUAUAUUUAAAAGAAGAAAAACUUCCACAACAACACGACAUAGUCUUAUAUUAGAGGGGCAAAGGUUUAAAAAUAUCAGUAAGUAUUACUUUACUGAGAGGGCAGUGGAUGCAUGGAAUAGCCUUCCAGCUGAAGUGGUAGAGUUUAACACAGUGAAGGAGUUUAAGCAUUCGUGAGAUUGACAUAAAGCUUUCCUAGCUAUAAGAUAAGGCCAGGGACUAAUGGAAGUAUUUAUAAUAUUUGGCAGACUACAUGGGCCAAACUGUUCUUAUCUGUCGUCACAGUCUACGUUUCUAUAAUGUUGCGAACAUAUACGACCAAUUGACCCUGUCAAAUGCCUUCUCUGUGCCAAGGGCAAUUAAGAAACUAGGAAUCUUUUGGUGUCUAGCAACCUCGAUAAAGUCGAGCCCGUGUCUUGUGUUGUUUGACACUUGCCAGUGUGAAACAAAGCCGGCCUUUUCUGGGAGAUGAGGAAAGAGAGGAGUUGAGGGAAAGAUCGAUCCUAGAAUAUUUUUUUUUGUGCACUGGUGAGAAGAAAAUAUAAGCAUAUUCUUGGGGACUGAGUUCUCUCCAAAGGUGGUGGAGCCCAAACGUGAACAGCAAGUCCCUUGAGAGCCCAGCAAUUUUACUAUGGGGUGUCUUGUAAAGGGCGGGGGUUUCCCUUUCUCUCUCUUGUGCCGCCUAGAGGCGUGGGUGUGUAAAGUUAUAAUAUGCCGUGUGAAACAAAUAUUAUGUAGUGUUAUAAAGUCUGUGUGGGUGAUCCCCAUGGAAGUGUAGUUCACCUGUUCAAAAGUGGUUCAACAUUAGGACACAGUGCAGGGUCUAAGGUCUGUGUCCAGCAUGUUUCCAGGUGGGAAGAAUCUUGGUGAGAGGUGAUGAUGGUUUAGGAAAUAGGUGGGUUUCUGUGACAAAAUUCCAUCCUUUCAGUUGUUUCUGCUAGUCUUCAGGAGUAGUCACUACAGUUGUGGAUCCAUUGCACCAUUCUGGUGGUAUUUGAUGGUUCAUUACGAGCUUUGUAACAUGGAUGAAAUCCCAACAGAUAUUUCUGGUAGCUGCUUAAGCCUUCUCAUGGUGGACAUAGGGGUUAGCCUUGUAGAAAUGGAAACAAACUGUUACGUUUCUGGGAAUAUCAUGGGGUUGGCCUUUGGGACCUUGUAAGCCCAGUCCAUGAGCCAAUGUGUGUCUGGAAGAAAAGAACCUAGGUAUUGGGGAAGGGCAUCAGUUGUUGCAUGCUCUGGGAUGCUCCUUACACUGAAGUUGUUGUGCCGUGUGCAAUCCUUUGCAUCAGCUACACUCUCCAGCAAGCAUUUGUGAUCUUUCUCUAGUGAUGUUAGAUUGUCCACCACCUAGUUGUGCGCUUCGCAGAGUUUCUGCCAUGGUCUACAACAUAUCAAAUGUCACGGUGGAGGUCCACCGUAAUGAUGGAAAAAUUAGAAAAGAUUCACCUGAUGUUGCAAUAUCUCCGGGGGGGGACUCCAGGCUGAAGAGAGAUGAGCGAGGAUCUCCAAUUCAGGUGCAAUUUCCAAGGCAGGUGAUUGGGGUUUCUGCAUAGCCGUCAUCUUGUGUGUUGCGAGACCUUUCUUUCCUGGUGAGUCCCAAUGUUCGGGGAGUUGCAGGUGCCUUAUGGUUUUUGUGGGGAUGCUAUCUGGCAGUAAGUAGUGUAAGGUUUGUUGUUGAACCAGUAAAUUAUGUGAUGGCCUCUGGAAAGUCGCUUAUGCCUUAGGUAAACAGAGCUUGAACUUCACUAUUAUUAUUAUACUUGGCAUCUAUAUAUACUUUACAUGCGUCUUGCUCGGAGCAGCUCCAGGACAUUCCCCCCUCCAUCAGGUUUUUUUGUGAGCAGGCCUUUAUUUUUACUUUGUACAAGUGUCCUUUUUUGAAGAUGAACUAUAAGAAUGAAUCCUGUAAAACAAAACAAAAAUCCUUUAUUUGGUUUUAAACCGUCCACCCACACUUGGUAGUUAGGUGAUUUUCAUUUAGUGUGUUUUUUUUUUUUUAUUAAAUAAUUCUUUAUUUUUGAUGUGCAUUUUGAUAUUGGAAAUAAUGUCAGUGUUUUGAGGAAACAUCAAUCAGUGAAUGUGUACAUAUGAACAGCAAUUUAUUUUUUACAUGAAAACAAAAGAAACCGUGCUAGUCUGCAUCCGAUAGGUGAGCAGGAGUGCCAUGUGGGUCAGCAUUAUCAUAAGCGUCGAUUGGAGUAAUCAGACUCUGCCUCACCUUCACUAACCGCAACGAGAUCCAUGAAGCCAGCAGGGUCCUCCACAUGGUCUUUGGUAGUUUCACUGUUGAUUAGAGGUACGCAGAGACCCCUUGCUCUUUCUACAGUGCGAGUCGGGAAAGCCUCAAAUAUAGCAUUCGGCUUCUGGAGUGUUGUCUCAUGUGGUGCCGAGACAGCAGGCCUGCUCGUCUUCACCUCCAGGGUAGGUGCAGAGUGCCUCCGGUGGGGCAUAUAUUGCAGAUCGAGCAGAUGUUCUCUCUGGACCAGGAUGACCCUCGCUGGUCCAGAGGAUGGGGGUAGAGUCUUGAGUUGCCAGUCAUCAGUGGCAGCGGGAGAGCGGCCGCCUCCCCCACACUGACCAUGGUUGUAGGCUGCAGGGUAUAUUCAGGUUUGUCAGCUCAAGUGGUAUCCCCAUGGUCACCACGGUGACCCAGUUUGCCUAAGAGCCACAAUAUAUUGAAGUGCCUUUUAUCAGCAGAUUUUUGGCAAAUUAAACAUAAAAUUCAGGAGCUUCUGCGACUUGCAUCUGACCCAUUCAGCAGCCAGGCCCCGCCCCUCCGCUGUUUGGUGAUAUGGGGCUUUGGGAAUCUUUGCCAAAACAUUUACGUUAGGGUCUCACUUACCAUGGGAGACUUUUUUUUUUUUUUUGUGGUGCUUAAAUAACUUACAACACACAUUAAACAAAUCACUGCAAUAGGUAGGCUAACCAUCUCACACAGCUAGUGGGGCCUUACGACUAGUGCCCUAGGCAAACUGUUUUUCUCUCUCUCUAAAAAAAAAUUAUAAAUCUCCAAUGCCCUCUAGUAGUAAUCAAAUAGCACUGCAGGUUCUAUGCCUUCCUGUUGAGAAAUUCUACCUUUGGAAUUUAAUUUUUUUUUCGUGCAAAGUAAAACAUUAGGUUUUUGUAAAUCAGGCUUAGGAAGUCAAUACUUUUAUGCAAAGCAAACCACAUAAUGCUCAAAUAGGAACACUUGUUUUGGGAGUAUAGGCUUAAAGCAAAAUUAUUUUAGAGAAGAAUCACAAGACAACAAAUUGAAAAUGGAACAUGAAACAUUUAACCCAAAAAAGUCAUGGCUCGACUCUUGCUUUUUUUUUUUUUAUCCACUACAAUGCACUGUUUAGUAGAUAAACCCAUGUCACCAUGUCCCAUUGCUAGCCUCUUCUUUAAUGCGUAAAGAAAAUGGACUACAGUGAAGUAAUUUGUACAUGAAAGUAAUGGCUUAUGUUCUCAUUGAUUUGCUAGUAUGUGAUUUUACCAUGUGCAAGUUGAAGCUCAUUCUUCCAAUAUUUUCAAUCCUCAGGUGCGACUUCCAAUGAUGGAAGGGGGAGCAGUGUUGCGUUCUGUACAAAUUAAUGACGCAGGAGUAUACACCUGCUUGGGUACUGAAAAUGGCUUCAGACGCUCACGUGGCAAAAUAAGGCUCAACAUCUUGCCCAGGGACAUGCUGGAAAAACUGACCAUGCUGCCCACCCAGAUUCCGCUGCCACUACAAUGCCCACCGCCACGCAGACAAAGACCACGACCAGUAACCCCUCAAUCGGACAGAAAUUGACAGUAUUCUAUCCAUGCCAAGCAAACAGCAAGAGCUGGUCAGCAGAAACUCCAUUCAACAGGAGACUACCCAGCUCACUCUCAGAAAAUACUGGCAAGAAAGUGGUUGAGCAGUGUGUUGCAGUGAAAGAUAAAUAGGUUUAGUGCAGGGAUAGGCAUCCUAUGGCUCUCUGGCUGUUGAUGAUCUGCAACAACUGGGACUGACAGGAUCAUGGGAGUUCAUUAACCUCUAGAGAGCCACACAUGGCCUAUCCGUGGGAUUAGUAAGACAUUCCAGAGCAGUAAUGGUUUAGAGGACUGUAUGUGUGUAUAGAGAGGGUGUGUAUAGUAUUUAACACAAAACACUGGAUGGCAUCUCAUAUACCCACUCAUACAGGAGCAGCCCUUCUCAAAAAACGCUCAACCCCAAUGUGGAAGUUUUUUGUUUUUGUGUGUUUUUGCAUUCUACUCCAGCAGUUUGUUAUGGGGUAGUGAUUAUUUAAGGUGUACCUGCACAAGGAGACGGCACAGAAAUGGGAGGCAGAUACGCUUCAAUUGCUAUGAAUGAUUAACUGUGGACAUUUAAUUUUUGGCACACUUGUAAUUUUUUUUUUUCUAGUAAUAU